GGGACAUAAAAUAGCUAGCAAUCAAUCAAUCAAACGAUCUUCCAGGUAAAUGGGGAAUAUGUAUGUUGCAAAGAACCAUGGAAACUAAACGUUGUGAUAUGUAGUUUUUAUUUUAUUGCUAGGGAGAUCUGUGAGAUAAUAAUCAUGCAUAUUAGUUAUUACGGGGUUUUAUUCUAUGGAUCUGCCCAUGUAACUUGCAGAGUCCUUUAUGUUUAACAUCCCAUAGCUCCCUUAAGUACAUAUUCUGUUAUUUACGAAUGUGCGCAGUGUAGUUUGUGUGCAUAGUGUGAGACUAUGUUUGCGUGUCUGUGAGAGUGGUGUAUACAUGUAUGUAUGUAGUUGGUGUGUGCAAGUGUAGGUUCAUGUACUUUUACACUGCUCACCAUGGUUUUUAAUCAACCACUUUGCAACAGAGGAUUUAAAAAUGCAAUCUGCAAGCUGAUCAUGUUACAUAAACACUGUGGCCACGUUUUUUUGUUUUUUUUAAUGUACCUGUACCCUGCUAAUUGAUGCAAAUAUCUAAUCACCCAAUCAUGUGCAGCAACGCAGUUCAUAAAAGCAUGCAGACAUGAUCAACAAUUUUGUUUGUAGUUCAAAUCUCACAUCAGAAUGGGGAGAUAUGAUUUAUGUGACUUUUAAAGUGGAAUAAUUGUUGGUGAUAUAUAUAGUGGUAUACGUAGCUGUGAUCCUGAUAAUAAUCUGUGAUUCACACAAACAGUAAUAUCUACAAUUUACAGAGAAUGGCGCAGAAGCAAAAAAAAAAAGAACAGGAAAAAAAACAUAGUGUGUGUCAGCUCUGUGUACAAAAACUCCUUGUUAGAGAGGGAAAUGAUCAGACGAAGAGGAAUGAAACGAUAACUGAAAUGCCCCAAAACUGGACACGAUUAGAAAAACUAAAAAUGCUUGUCUGAUGAAUCGUGAAAAAAACUGCACCAAUCAGAAUAUAUCUCUGAAAUUAUAAUCUGUCAUUGCAAGAUGAGCCUAAAAUGCAGUUCUUGCAAAAGAAAAAGUUAUUGAACCAGUCCAUAUAAGUUACAAACAUAUUUGUGCUUGUCUCUGUGUACUUUUUUACAUUUUUUACUGGUCUUCCCUUUGUGGCUUUUCUAGCUCACUCAGUCGUUUGAUAUUUUUUACUUCUCGGAUGUACUGAGAUGAUGUUUUGGUUUUUUUUCUUCUUGAAGGGUUACUGUGUGUGUGUAGACAAUCCCCUCGCUGCAGUGACAAGCCCUGAACAGACCUGACAGGAAGUCUUGACGGGGCGAGACUAUGAGCAGGAAGAGGUGAGAUGCUGAGAUCAGUGGACCAGAAGUGAGACUGGUAACCGAGCAGAAAGAGAAGGGGAGAGAAAUGCAGAAAAAGUGAGAGGCUAAAACCAAAGCAGGGAAGAAAGUUAAAGGUAGACGGAGAGGUGAAAGAACAGAGAACAGCAGAAGGUGCAGCAAGUGGCCAAGCAAGGUGGACAUAGGACAUUUUAUUAGAGCACAGAGAGAUAGGUGGAGAACAGAAUAAGUGAGAUACAGAUGCAGGAUGAUAAGGGCCUAAGGAAAAAAGGAUACACAAACACUGACGGAGAUCGAAGAGGAGUUAGGUAAGCCGUGCAUGUAGUUGGCCCCCUUCUGAGGAACAUGGGAGAUGUUUUUGGCAAUGUCUUCAUGGAACUUUUACAACUAUGUUUUUUUUUUUUAAACUUCUGCACACUGUGUCCCAUUUUCUUUUUUGUGGUAUACCCGGUAUCUCCACUGUAUUCCCCUCCACCCUCUGUGCUAUUUUUUUCCCUUUAUUCUCCUUCCCAGUCAGUUUUACUUUUUCCCAUCUAUUCCCUACACCUUCUGUUGUAUGUUCUCCCCUUCAUUCCCCUCCCUCUCCUUCCUAUGUUCUCCCCUUCAUUCCCCUCUGCUCUAUGUUCUCCCCUUCAUUACCCUCCCCCCACCGUUCUAUGCUCUCCCCUUCAUUACCCUCCCCCACCAUUCUAUGUUCUCCCCUUAAUUACCCUCCCCCCACCGUUCUUUGUUCUCCCCUUUAUUACCCUCCUCACUCAGUUCUAUGUUCUCCCCUUCAUUUCCCUCCAAACACUAUUUUAUGUUCUCCCCUUUAUUACCCGCCUCACUCCAUUCUAUGUUCUCCCAUCCUCCCUCCUUUCUAUGUUCUCCCCUUCAUUCCCCUCCAUUCUAUGUUCUUCCAUUCAUUCCCCUCCCCCCUCCGUUCUAUGUUCUCCCAUUCAUUCCACUCCCCCCUCCGUUCUAUGUUCUCCCCUUCAUUCCCCUCCCCUUGUCUUCUAUGCUCUCCCCUUUAUUCCUCUCCCCCCUCCAUUCUAUGUUCCCCCAACCCCCUCAGUUCGAUUUUCUAACCUAUAUUCCCUUCCCCCUCCGUUCUCUAUUGUCCCAUGUGUAUUCCUCUCCCCUCUCUGUUCUAUGUUUCCCCCUAUUCCCCUCUCUGUUCUAUGUUUCCCCCUAUUCCCCUCUCUACUGUGCUUUCCCCUGUGUUCCUCUUUGAAUCCUCCUGCUGUCCAGUCUUCCCCCCGUAUCCCGCUCUCCACAGGGUUCUUCUUUGUGCCUCCCCCCCAUUCCAAGUUCUGAUAUGGUUUUCCCUCAUAUUUCUCAUUGAUCUUGUGUUCUCGUUCAGUUCUAUGUUCUCCCCUGCAGUAAAAACUAGAGCAAACUAGUCUGUUUUAUGUUUUAUGCCUUUAACCCAUUUCACUGCCGCCAUCUUCUGUUUAAAAAAGUUGCAUAUCCUCUAUCUAAUACACGGGAUUCAUAGCAAACGCACGAACACAGACUAAAACAGCAAUUUCAUGCAUUGAUUAUUCUUAAAUAAAGACAUAAACAGGAAGACAUUAUUGGGCCAGGCCUAGCAAGAUAUCUGAGAGGUAUUUCAUAAAGAAUGUGUGAAUAGGACUUGAGUCUGGUGUAUAAAUAUGUGUUCUUAGAAUGUAGGCUUAAAACAUAUACCUUCUAGUUUACAAUAGUGAAUUUGUAUCAGUUUUACAAUACUGAACUUUAGCGGCUUCUGUUCUGAUUUAGAAUGUUGGAUUACAGCACUCUAUGUUUUGAUUUAGAAUGUUGGAUUACAACACUCUAUUUUUUUAUUUAGAAUGUUGGAUUACAGCGCUCUAUGUUUUGAUUUAGAAUGUUGGAUUACAGCACUCUAUGUUUUGAUUUAGAAUGUUGGGUUACAGCACUCUAUUUUUUCAUUUAGAAUGUUGGAUUACAGAGCUCUAUUUUUUUUAUUUAGAAUGUUGAAUUACAGAGUUCUAUGUUUUGAUUUAGAAUGUUGGAUUGCACCGCUCUAUGUUUUGAUUUAGAAUGUUGGAUUACAGCACUCUAUGUUUUGAUUUAGAAUGUUGGAUUACAGAGCUCUAUGUUUUGUAUUUAGAAUGUCGGAUCACAGAGCUCUAUGUUUUGAUUUAGAAUGUUGGCUUACAGCACUCUAUUUUUUUAUUUAGAAUGUUGGAUCAAGGAGCUCUAUGUUUUGAUUUAGAAUGUUGGAUUACAGAGCUCUAGGUUUUGAUUUAAAAUGUUGGAUUACAGAGCUCUAUGUUUUUAUUUAGAAUGUUGGAUUACAGCACUCUAUGUUUUGAUUUAGAAUGUUGGAUUGCAGCACUCUAUUUUUUUAUUUAGAAUGUUGGACUACAGCACUCUAUUUUUUGAUUUAGAAUGUUGGAUUACAGAGCUCUAGGUUUUGAUUUAAAAUGUUGGAUUACAGAGCUCUAUGUUUUGAUUUAGAAUGUUGGAUCACAGAGCUCUAUGUUAAAUUACUUAUAUAUGUGUUUUAAUUUAGAAUGUCGUAUUACAGAAAUGCGUGUUUUGUGUAUAAAUAUGCGUUCUUUCUUAUAAUAUUGGAAUAAAUAGAUAUGUUUUAAAUUAGAAUGUUGUAUUACCGAGACUUGUGUCUGGUGUAUAAAUACGUGUUCUUAGAAUGUAGGCUUAAAACAUGUACCUUCUAGUUUACAAUAGUGAAUUUGUAUCAGUUUUACAAUACUGAACUUUAGCGGCUUCUGUUCUGAUUUAAAAUGUUGGAUUACAGAGUUCUAUGUCUUGAUUUAGAAUGUUGGAUUACAGCACUCUAUGUUUUGAUUUAGAAUGUUGGAUUACAGCACUCUAUUUUUUUAUUUAGAAUGUUGGAUUACAGCGCUCUAUGUUUUGAUUUAGAAUGUUGGAUUACAGCACUCUAUGUUUUGAUUUAGAAUGUUGGGUUACAGCACUCUAUUUUUUUAUUUAGAAUGUUGGAUUACAGAGCUCUAUUUUUUUAUUUAGAAUGUUGGAUUACAGAGUUCUAUGUUUUGAUUUAGAAUGUUGAAUUGCACCGCUCUAUGUUUUAAAUUUAGAAUGUUGGAUUACAGAGCUCUAUGUUUUGUAUUUAGAAUGUCGGAUCACAGAGCUCUAUGUUUUGAUUUAGAAUGUUGGCUUACAGCACUCUAUUUUUUUAUUUAGAAUGUUGGAUCAAGGAGCUCUGUUUUGAUUUAGAAUGUUGGAUUACAGCACUCUAUGUUUUUAUUUAGAAUGUUGGAUUACAACACUCUAUUUUUUUAUUUAGAAUGUUGGAUUACAGAGCUCUAUGUUUUGAUUUAGAAUGUUGGAUUACAGAGCUCUAUGUUUUUAUUUAGAAUGUUGGAUUACAGAGCUCUAUGUUUUGAUUUAGAAUGUUGGAUUGCAGCACUCUAUGUUUUGAUUUAGAAUGUUGGAUUGCAGCACUCUAUUUUUUUAUUUAGAAUGUUGGACUACAGCACUCUAGGUUUUGAUUUAAAAUGUUGGAUUACAGAGCUCUAUGUUUUGAUUUAGAAUGUUGGAUCACAGAGCUCUAUGUUAAAUUACUUAUAUAUGUGUUUUAAUUUAGAAUGUCGUAUUACAGAAAUGCGUGCUUUGUGUAUAAAUAUGCGUUCUUUCUUAUAAUAUUGGAAUAAAUAGAUAUGUUUUAAAUUAGAAUGUUGUAUUACCGAGACUUGUGUCUUGUGUAUAAAUACGUGUUCUUAGAAUGUAGGCUUAAAACAUGUACCUUCUAGUUUACAAUAGUGAAUUUGUAUCAGUUUUACAAUACUGAACUUUAGCGGCUUCUGUUCUGUUUUAAAAUAUUGGAUGAAAACGAUGUUCCCAUUUAGAAUGUUUAUUUGGAGAUAUCACUGAUCUAGUGAUAUUGAAUCUUAGAUAACAAAGACAUCUCUUCUAAUUUGCUACCUUGGAUUACAGAGCUGUGGGUUCCAAUCUAGAAUUUAAGAUUACGAAGUAUGUAUCCCUGUUUAGAAAGUAGGAUAUGGAAGUGUGUUCUGAUCUAUGGUAUGUUCCGUUGUGAUCUAAUCUAGAAUGUAAAACAUUUUGUUCCAAUUUACAUUGCUGCAUUACAGAGAUGUGUGUUCACAAUGAGAAUGUUCUUAAUUAGAAUAUUGGGUUACAGAUCUGAGUGUGCUAUUAUAGAAUGGCUUGUUAGAUCAUUGUGUGCCACUCUGUCUCUAUUCGUUUCUCUAGGUACACUCUAGAUAGAAUAAAAGAUAAUGAUCAUUUCUAGGUAAGACACUAUUUUCGAUGAAAUGAGCAGAGACAUCUGGAUUACCAAUACUAAAUUUAUUGUUUAAAGCAUUUUCUGCUACAUAGUUGUUGAACUGCCCUUACACCAGUUCAUUACAGGUCCAAGUAACUGGUAUCCAUUAUCAUACUGUCCACACUGACUUUAGUGUUCAAAAUAGUACAGUAACUUAUCCCUGCAUUUAUAAUGAGGAUAUCCACAAUUCCCACAAUCUCUACACAAUGCUGCUCCUACCUAUCCUCCCUAAUUCACAAGUAUGUCCCAUCUAGGCCCCUACAUUCUGCCGAAAACCUACGUCUAGCCUCUGUUCGUACUCGUAUCUCUGAUGCUCGCCUUCAAGACUUCUCUAGGGCUGCACCGUUCCUGUGGAACUCUCUUCCUCUCUCCGUUAGACUCUCACCCUGUCUCUAUUACUACAAAAAAGGGAAAAUUCUAGGAAAUCGUAUCAAUUAAACUCUUAACAGCCCUUCCUCCCUGCACCUUUCUACCUCCUGUACAACUGUCAGACACAAAAAAGUAAAAAAAAAACCUAAGCCCUCAGUGAAAAACUAUUCUAGCAACCUACUUUUCUACCCUACCCUUACCUCUUGGGCCACUUUACCCCACUCCUUCUAGAAUGUAAGCGUGUUUAAACAGGGCCCUCAACCCCCUCUGUCCCUGUGCGUCCAACUUGUCUGGUUACAAUUACUUGUCUGUUAGUCCACCUAUUGUAUAGCGCUGCAGAAUUUGUUGGCGCUUUAUAAAUAAUUAUAAUAAUAAUGAUUCCUGGAACUUCUAAAUAUCAUUGUUGUGCCUUUAAUCACAUGGCGAACAUUGGUGAUAUUAGGGACUAGAGCCUUGAAUGUGGGUUUCUUUAGCCCCUGGUCUCUUUAGGUGGCAGUAUACAAAGGAUAGGGUGGAACAAAUGAAGACUGGUUAGGGGUUAUGAAUUAAGAGAGUGAGACAGGGGGAUAUAGAGGCACUAGGGGGUGAGGAGAUACAGAGAUAGAGUAACAGGUUUGAAGGUAAGGGUUGUAGGAAUUAACAGAUAGUAUUGGGCCUUGGAUAAAGUCUUGAGGCUCUUGGGUAAAAAAUAUCCACAGGAAAAAAUCCAUGGAUGACAUUGAUAUUAUUUUGAUAUAUUUUAACUCCCGCUAGCUAUGAUGGAGUUUUACUUAAUAUUACAGAGUGCAUUAGCCUGUUAUGUGCAUAGAAUUCAUCUUGUCCCUAGAAGGGACAGGAUCGUAUGCAUUCAAUCACAGACAGGGUUAUUGAAGUGUGAAUUAUCAGGAUUAAAAGCGAAUAUCACAUUUUAAGCCUGUGUAGCUAUACUACAAACACAGCUGACGUGGAGACUCUUGACUUCAAAUUUGAAAUCCACUUUGAACUGCCAGCAAUACACAAUUUAUUGAAUAACUGUAAAUAAAACAUAGGGGAUGGUGGAAAUAUAAUACUAUAAUACAAGUAUCUCGUUUUUAUAAAGCAUUUGUAGUACAUUUCCGAUGCCUGGGCCCCUGUAAAGACCUUUUAUACAAUUUAUAUGCUAUACAGCAUUGCGGAAUGCAUCGACAUCCUGUAACUGAUAUUACCAUGUUCCCAUCCCAGGUAAGACUACACAUCGCAGCCAGAAUUAACCUUGCCGUCAUUACACGGAAACGUUUUAGGGAAGGAAGCUGGGGUUCCAAAUAUAGAUUGAACAUUUUAUUUUCUGGCACGUCUUAAAUUCCACCCAUAAUCUAGAGACGUGAUCAUUGUGAAUUACUUACCAACCUCCCCCAGAAUUCCACCAUUUUUAACUAGAAGUGGUAUCAGCGGCUCCUAAUUUGGUCUAAAGGGUGAACAGUCUUGGUUUAUGGAAGUCAGUAAAACUCAGCUUCAUCUAUAACCAAACAUGUGAAACUAGAAAACAGAUCUCCAAUGUCCAGUGGGCAAUGUAAUGGGGAUGGAUCAGUGACGCUAAUCAAAGGUGGCCGGUCCACUCGAAGAGUUGACAGGUCAGCUGAGGGUAGAUAAGCACUGUUUUAGUGCCAAGAGCAUACCACAAAUGGGUCUAAUCAAGCUCUCGCAGUACAUUUGUUGGGGACAUGUCACCGAAAGUUGGACACCAGGGAACAAGGUUAGGGUGACACUGAAAUCAGGGCAAAAUCUGGACAGUUGGGAGGUCUGGGUUUGUGGGUGGGACUCUUAAACGUGUAUCUCUACAUGUAGUGACGGGGGCAGGAGGAUAUUAGUUUUUAUUAUGUUUUUUUUUUACUGAAAACUGGAGUAGUACAGAGCUCUAGAAUGUUACUACGGUCAGGGGGUGGGUGGGUUCCACCCCAGGAUGGGCUUGUUGGGAACAGAACCUUGUUGCAUGGCUCUCUGUUAGUUAGGUAACAUGGCAGGAUUACAUGGAAUACAUGGCUGUGCAGCAUGUGCAUGUUUCUGGUUUAUACACAAACUGCAUGCUGUUCUUGUGUAGAAAGGAAGGGACAUAAUAUAGAGGGGCAUGGAUGUAUGACAUCUCCCCACCUCUCUGUUAGUGUAGGGGUUAUCAUGUCAACCCUAAGUAUUUCUGGAACUGAGCAAUGGUUCUGGUAUCUAAAUAAAACUAUGCAGCUCCACAUUCCAUAAUUCUAAAUUGGAACAGAGAUCUCUGUAAUCCAACAUUCUAUAUAAUAUAAUCCAACAUUCUAAACUAUGUAAUCCAGCAUUCUAAACUAUGUAAUCCAACAUUCUAAACUAUGUAAUCCAACAUUCUAUAUUAUAUAAUCCAACAUUCUAAACUAUGUAAUCCAACAUUCUAAAUUAUGUAAUCCAACAUUCUAUAUUAUAUAAUCCAACAUUCUAAACUAUGUUAUCCAACAUUCUAAAUUAUGUAAUCCAACAUUCUAAAUUAUAUAAUCCAACAUUCUAAACUAUGUAAUCCAACAUUCUAAAUUAUAUAAUCCAACAUUCUAAACUAUGUAAUCCAACAUUCUAUAUUAUAUAAUCCAACAUUCUAAACUAUGUUAUCCAACAUUCUAAAUUAUGUAAUCCAACAUUCUAAAUUAUAUAAUCCAACAUUCUAAACUAUGUAAUCCAACAUUCUAAAUUAUAUAAUCCAACAUUCUAAACUAUGUAAUCCAACAUUCUAUAUUAUAUAAUCCAACAUUCUAAACUAUGUUAUCCAACAUUCUAAAUUAUGUAAUCCAACAUUCUAAAUUAUAUAAUCCAACAUUCUAAACUAUGUUAUCCAACAUUCUAAACUAUGUAAUCCAACAUUCUAUAUUAUAUAAUCCAACAUUCUAUAUUAUAUAAUCCAACAUUCUAAACUAUGUAAUCCAACAUUCUAUAUUAUAUAAUCCAACAUUCUAAAUGAUGUUAUCCAGCAUUCUAAAUUAGAACAGCAAUUGCUGUAAUCUCAAACUCCAAUUUAUGUAAUCCAACAUUCUGGAUCACAAGAGAAAUCUCUGUAAUCUAAUAUUCUAAAUUGUGUAACCCAAAGGACUCCUCCAAUACACCACAUGUGACUAUAUAACCUAUUAUAUUUAUGUAAAUAAAAAUGUUAUUCAGAACAAUUCCAAAACAUCUUUAUUUACAUAAACUUAUUUCUAAAUGCAAUGAUUGUCGUUUAAAUACAUAAUGUGAGUAUUAUUGUAUUGGAGCUCUGCUAGGGACUCGGACACACCAACAAGGAGCUCCUAGAAAAGAGAGACAGGGGUUUGAGCCCAAAAUAAGGACUGUCCCUCUUAUAUAGGGACACUUGGGAGGUAUGAUCUGAACCUUGAUGACAUCACAACAAUACCGCACUAGGAUUUGAUAUAGCAAGAGGCAUCAUUAUUACAACCAAAGAGCACAGUUCCCAACUGUCAAUAAGCAGAAAUGCAUAUAAUAUUUAUGAGACGUGUUUGAGUGUAAUAUAUACAGUGUUGCCAGAAUAGACUUUUAUCAGCAUUAUAUUUAGUGUGCAUCAUUAGAACAGUGACAGAAGCUGAGGCUUUCCAUGUAUUUCAAACUGUCUGAUGGCUUGACGUGUUUGUUCAGUACGUCUCCUAUAAUUCUGCAAUUUGUUGGGGCAUCCUGUCUGUGAUUAUUUAAUUGGUGUCCCAGUGGGUUCAUGUAAAUUCUGCAUUCUGCUGGGCAGCCCUUCCAAUCCAUUCCAAGAGAAACGGAACUUGGCGCCACUUUUCCAAUCACAGUUUGAUACAUCUCCCCCCACAAUGUCAUACAUUAUUUUAAUUGCUGGCAUCACAUGUAACAGCCAUUGCUGGGGGGUUACUGAGUGUGCUUGGGUGUGAUGGGAGCUGAGUGCAUGUAAUAUAUGUAUUGCCCAAUCUUGUUUGUAAGGGAGCAGAGUUUUGGAUCUCUGCCAACGCUGCCAAGUGAGAGCCCGCAUGAACCAAAGGGAGAGGGGGCUCAAAAAGGCUUGUGGCAGGGGCAGGGGAGUAACAGGAAGGCCAGACAAGGGAACAUACUGUAUGUGUGAUGCUGGCUGUCAGUGUGUAAUGAGAGUGGGAUGUCUGUGUUAUUGGAACUUACUAUCUGUGUGUGAUGGGAGUGAGAAUCCAACGUGCGAUAGGCUGGGAUUUGUGUAAUGAGACCAGGCAGUACAUAAUGCAGGUGUGGGAAAGAGGUGUGUGUGUGUGUGUGUGUGUGUGUGUGUGUGUGUGUCUGUGUGUGUGUGUGUGUGUGUGUGUGUGUGUGUGUAUACACACGUUAUUACUGUGUAAUGUUAUCUUAGUGGACCAGACAACUGAUGGUGGAAUGAAGGAGAUGAGAAGAUUCUUUUGAGUGGUGGUUGUACAGUCUACAUCGAUGAUGAUAAACAUAGCACAAUGCCAGGUAACACAGGAUGUGCAGGUUGCAGUGACGUCUACGUACAAGCUACAGCAUGGGUUUAUCAGGGUAGUGUAAAGCAACAUUAUUCAUUUAUUUAUUUUAUGGACAGUAUUUUUUUUAUUCCAGUAUUGCAGGCAUCUUUUAUUCAUUAUAUUAGUCUUUUAUCGCUGUUGCGGUCAUUUAGCUCCUGUAGAUGUACAUGUUGAUCACCUUUACUUUAAACCAACAAGCCUUUCGCGUCCAACGCUGCUAGUCCUGUCUACAUUUAGGUACAUUUUGCUGUACCCUGACAUCUCAACACCGACAAGUUGAAUUCACAUCUGAAAUCGGCUGAAUGUAAUCCGUCUGGAGACUUUGUCGAAUUCGCAAAGUUCGCUGAUGGUGGCUGCGGGGGGCAGGUAAAGGUUAGCUUACUUACCUGACCCUGUCCCUCAUGGGCGCCACCAUCUUUCAGCUCCUCUUCAACUCCUGGCACCACGAGCCGACGUCACUACUGUACCCUUACAUAUGUGCGAGAAUACAACUUGAGGUCUAGGGGGGAUCCUACGAGACCACGGGAUGCUCCAUAGACACAGUCAAUUCCCUGAAGCAGUCACUGGUGACAACUGUUGGGAUUGACACUUGGGUCAGGCAGAGGAGAAAUACAGAGACAGGGUAGUCUGUACUCUGUCUCUGUAUAUCUCUUGACUGGGUUGGAAUUUCUGUGGAAUUCCAACACAGUCAUAAUGAGUAUUUUAUGAGUAAAUAUUCUAUAUUUAUGAAAUACUCCUUUUUCAGAGGGGAUGACAGUGCCUAUGUAAGUAUCAGCAUUUAAAGUAAAGAUUCCCAUAUGGCAGUCAAUUAAAAAGUAAGAUAUUUUAGCUCGAAGUACGCACACUGUAUAGUGACAGAUAACUCUAGAAAGACUGUAUAAUGCUUAUAGCCACUUAUCAAUGUUCACAUCCAGAUAACUAUAGCCUUUGUUAAUAAAAUAUCAGACAAGCACAUUUUAACUACCAAUGAUCCCAACUGCAACUGGUAACAAUUAAAACCUCUUAAUUCCUCUUUUUAUUUAAAUCCUAACUAUUAGUGACAGUAACUAUACAGAUUGUGACUUCCCUGGAAAAUAUUCCAUAUGUAUCCCUGAGUGUCCCUAUUUUGGGACCAAAUCCUUCACACCUUUAUUUAAUUCUAGAGUGCUUCUUUUAUAGGGUCCCCGAAUAUUGGGUGUGAUUAAAAAUAUAAUUGAGCUUCACAUGAAUAAAACGCACAAUAAUUGAUCUUUAAAGGGACACUAUAGUCACCAGAACAACUACAGCUUAUUGAAUUUGUUCUGGUGAGUAGAAUCAUUCCCUUCAGGCUUUUUGCUGUAAACACUGUCUUCUCCGAGAAAAUGCAGUGUUUACAUUACAGCCUAGUGAUAACUUCACUGGCCACUCCUUAGAUGGAGUUAGAGAUCCUUCUUGGGUCAUGGCCGCCUAAAAUGCAUCCAAACAUUCAGAGUCUCCACCCUCUGCAUACAGACACUGAACUUUCCUCAUAGAGAUUCAUUGAUUCACUUCAUCUGUAUGAGGAGAUGCUGAUUGGCCAGGUCUGUAUUUGAAUUUGUGCUGGUUCUGCCCCUGAUCUUCAUCCUGGUCAGUCUCAGCCAAUUCUAUGGGGAAGCAUUGUGAUUGGAUCAGGCCACCAUUUCUGAUGAUGUCAGCAGACAGCUUUUUUUUCUAAGGCAAACAGCAUGCAGAUCUACAGCUUCAGGCUUGACUACAGUAAUAUUUUCAAAAUCCAAAGGUUAUGGUGGGGUAAAAUUGUGAUUGAAAACCCCUUCCACCUGAAGUCUGUGGAUAAUUAAUACAAUGUUAAACAAAAAUCUGCAAACCAGUCAAGCCAUAAGACUUGCUUUCCCACAGAAAUCCCAUAACUGCAGCGAUGUUACAACUGCAAAGGAUUCUGGGUGGGCAUAUGCAAAUUAGUUUAACAAAGAAUCACAUUUUUGCCUCAUUCCAUUUUAAACAUGGAUUCCUUUUAAUCUGUGUUUGCUGUAUACAACAGCUUGAAACAUAAUAUAGGAAAAGAUGCAAAACCAGUGAACCACUCAUGGACAGCUGUUUUGUUGUUAAUGCAACUCGUCAGCAUGAGGUUGGUUACUGGUUUGCUUAUUGAGGCUUGGUAGUGCUUGGGAAGCAAAAUCCAACUAGGUUAUGGUGGGGAAAAAUUGUGAUUGAAAACCCCUUCCACCUGAAGUCUGUUGCUAUAUUUAUGGAGGCAUGAUGGUGGUUUUAACACCAUAGGGUCAGAAAUACAUGUUUGUGUUUCUGACCCUCUAGUGAUCCUUUAAAUUAUAAUAACUGCACUUAGAAAUUGGUUUGUGGAGGUGAGGCCUGACUGUCAAUCGAACAAGAUGAUGGCUGCAUGAGCUCCUGAGUUAAAAACUCAAAUUAAAGAUAAAUCUCGAGAAUUAUGGGUAUUUCCAUCCAAUCACAUUUUGCCUAAAGAGGAUUUGAAUUUGUUUGGACUGUUUUUUUUAUCAAGUGUUCCUCUGGACUUAUCCAGUUGCGGCCUACCAGCAUGCAUGAUUUGGGUGAUGUGAUCGAUUCCCUGCUCUUACACAUUAUGAGCACGUCAAAAAGACCCCCCUUGGAUCAAUGGGGGUUAUCUCGGUUCUCACUGAAGUGGUUUUCUGCUAACCCAGACGAAGAGGCUCUUAUUGUCCUGCACCACAUUAUAUUGAGGCCUAAGUUGAAAUGGCUGCUGCUCUGACCUUAGAGCAACUGUCCAUCUGCCAACUAUCAUGGGUGGAUACAUUUAUUAUGGCAUAUGAUGAUCUCUGUGACAGAUUUUGUGCACGGCUAGAACAGCAACGGCUAUUGUUCCUUGGCCACCCACCUACUCACAGAUCACCAAGCUGCCACGCAUUUGCUGCCACUCACCUAGGCCAAUAGGCCUUUUCGGGGAGACCUUUGUCUCUGCCAUACUUUCCUGACAGUCUUAUCGAUUGAUACCUUGAUUGACAUCUUUGCCUAAUUUGCUGGCUAUAUUUAAGGAAUAUGGCCAACUGUCCAACCUAAAACUUAAUAUGGACAAAUCAGAGGUACUCAAUGCCACCCUGUCGGAGGAUUCACAGCAGGCGUGGGAGAAGAUCUUAAUCCUUACCCAACAAGGUUCCAUAUGUUCAAAAUUCGAGGAAAUAAGCUAUAAGCUACUGAUGCACUGAUACAGGACUCCUGAAAUGCUGCACUGGAUGAAUCCUGAGAUCAGUGAUGUGUGCUGGAGAUGCGAGCAGGAGGUUGGUUCAGGAUUCCACAUUUGGUGGACGUGCCGGUUGAUUGCGCAAGACAAUUACCGACAUGGACUUACCUUUUCAGCUCCUUCCUGUGCUGUUGCAUCACACUAGAUCCCCACUUUCGAGACACAAAAAGUAGCUCACUAAACAUCUACAUGCCGCAAAAUCACGGUCAUGGGUGGGGGGGUUUUUUGUUUGUUUUUUUAACCCUUUCCUUUACCUUCUUUUUGUGACACCAACCUUACAUACCAGUAUGCCCUGAUGUAUGGGAUGAUUAAGAUUACGUUAUGUCCCGAAUAUGCUUUUUAUAUAUAAUUUGAAGCUGCACAUGCAUCAGUAAUGUGGUUUUCCGAUGGCUCUAACCUUGACUAUCAAAAUGUAUAGUAGUUACCACUUAAAUUUCAUGCUAUACACCCCAUUUUCGGGUUCUUUCUAAAAAGUAUAAAAUCCUCAGGACCUAAGACAGAGAAUUAUAAUCAACUAAUACCUGGCAUUUUAGUCUUUAUAUCAACCAGUUUGUCACACAGUGGAGAGAUGAACACCCAUAAUAUUGCUAUAUUUAGAUGCUGUAACUCUGCUCGCAUUUAUAUUGCCCGCACAUUCCUCUCUGCUUUAUUAUAUAUUACAGUGAUGUAAGGCAAUUUCGUCUGUAUACUGAUGUGUGUGCCAUAUUGUAAUACGAAUGUCUGAGGGUUUUUUUUCUGAGAAAAAUAAAGGAUGGAAAAAAAGCACACAAAAAAAAAAAAGCUUUAUAAAAUUAAAUUAUAAUAAAUUGUAUUAACACAAUCUAAAGUAAUAUAGUGCUGGAGGUUUUAAAGACAUCCAAGGAAGAAAGGAAUUAAAAUUAAAAUGUUUAGACUACAAUGGGUUGAAACUAACCAAUCAAAGAAUAUAUGACACGUAAAGGGGAACUUUGGCUUUCUGUAAAACAUUGCGAUGUUCAGGUUCUGAUGGCCAUACAGCAUAUCGAGAUAUAAUUGGCAGUCAUCAAGAUAUGACUAUCAUCCUAUAGGGAAAGGCUAUAAUUAGCAUCAUGAACCCUCGCUGUGUAUUUAUUCCACAAAGAAAUUGACUGUUUACUGUUAAAGAUGAAAUCCAAGUAUUGUUAAAAAACAGAUAGGCCAUGUUUGCACUCGGACAUUAAAAUACAAAUAGGAGUGGGCCUUUGUUUUUCCUCUCACAAUUCACAUAUAUUUAUAAUAAAAGUGGAAGGAGCCUGUGUAUGUGGCUGUUAUUGGCUAAGAUGCAAAUAAUGUGGUGUUAAGGAAUAGCCUGAAAUAUAAUCACAAAACCACGAUUUAGGGGACUAAUGUUUUUAGUCUUGACCAGUGAUUUGCAUCGCUUUUGCAUAACGAUCCACUCUAGUUAAGAUGAAGCAUUUUUUGUACUGUAAACAGAACACACGACAAUUUCAAAAGACAAAAAUUGGUGGAACCAGCAAAAUAAACAGAUCUUCUGAUUUCUUAUCCUGUGUUCUACAUAUUAUUUUUAUAUUAGUAAUUAUUAGGCUGACCUAGAUUUGAUUGAGCAAAGAACGUUCAGAAAAAAAAAAUUUUGACGACAUAUUUUAUUUUAAUUUUACUUUUACCGCUUUAGUGCCUAAACCCAUGAUUUUGCUUUUGAAUUAUCCAAUUCUUUUCCAUUCUUCCUGUUACGACUGGAUAAUUGAGGGCCUGGGUACCUGGAUGGAUAAUGGUCAUACUUGUCUCAUAUGAUGAGGUCACUAGAGGUCCCAGUAUCCAUCUUCUGAAGAUGGGAAACUGGUGCAUAAUGUAUACUAAUAACAUGCAUUGACAAGUACACAAAAACUUAUUUACGCUAAUAGAAAUAAAACAAAUGUAUAUAGCAAAAUAAUAAUACUGAAGCAACUUGGUUGAUAUAAUUAAAAUUCAGAACUACUAAAAAAAAAAUAUUUUAAAUUCAUGCUAUACAUACCAAUACUGUAAAUGCGCAGGUCGACUUGAUAUUAUGUCUGUAUUUGCUUCAUUCUUAUAUGGAAACACAGAUACCCAAAAAAUUAAGAUUGUCCAAAACUAACAAAAAAAACUAAAUAAAAAAAUAAAAUAAAGAUAAAAGUAUGUUUGUGUAGAUAAAAACUUUGAUCUUGUUUUUGAAUAAUUUUAAUACUACCUGAAUGGUUAUCAGUAGAUUAUACAGUCACCUUAAUAAGCUUGUCCCUGGCCACAUCGUCUUGUAUGAAUGUGUCCUUCACUGACCAUUUGAAAUGAUAUCUAAGUAACAAACCAGGAAAUAUAGAACUUGACUUGUCGUCAACUUUCAAGUAGAUCCCGGGGUCUAUAUAUCAUAAUUACCAGUAAUGUCACUUGUGUUUUUCAUCUUGGCAGAAUGAAAGGCUGAGUUAACGUAGCUGGCAAUCGAACCUAUGACUAAGUGUUACUGAAUUCAGCUUCCUGAAGCACUGAGCUGUUUUUCUGGCAUUUUAAUGGCUGGGUCUGGUGUGACAGCACAGUGAAUUUAAUUAUGAGGAAUAUAAAAGUUUAAUUACCCGAGAGGUCAAGAAAACCAAUGGUUGCCUUCUGGGGGAAGUAACUAUAGUGAGGAUUGCAUUAGUUCAUGUGUGAUUGAUGUCCGGAUUGAUUUGGGAUAAUCCUGGUUUUUCUAACCAGAUAGUUAAAGGGGGAACUGUCACUCAUGUCGUUGUUAUAACCUCUCCUUUGCACCUGGCAGCCAGCAUCUAAGAUUCUAAAACGUUAGUCCUGGAUUUGCUUUGUCUGAGAUGGAUUGUUGUAAUUUAGUAAAUCUUGAAUAUAAAUUUAAAAGAAAAUGUACAAUCCAUAAAAAAGGGUAAAACAAGUUACAGGUGAUUUUUAAGGUUUUCUUCAGUGGUGUAAAUUCCUUUUUAAUGUGAAAAGCGAUGGGCCUGGUCCCCUUGGCUACUUUACCAUUAAGGGGUCUAGACUUUUAGUAACUCUGUUGGAGAGAGCAAGAUGGCAUCUCUCUGCAUUCUUAUUGUAUUGAAAGUUUGUACAAGAGCUCUGCACCACCAUAGAACACAUUAAAUGGUGGAGACAUACAUCAAUCAGCUACAACAUUAAAACCACUGACCACUGAUGAAUAAUGUUAAUUAUAUUGUUACAAUAAGACCUGUCAAGUGAUGGGAUAUAUUAGACAGGAACUGAACAGUCAGUUCUUGAAUUACAUGUGUUGAAAGCAGAAAAACCUGGCAAGCGAAAAGAUCUGAGUGUCUUUCGAAAGGGCCAAAUAGUAAUGGCUAGACGACUGGGUCAGAGCAUCUUUAAAAUGGCAAGACUUGUGGGGUGUUCCCGGUAUGCAGUGGUUAGUACAUACCAAAAGUAGUGCAAGAAAGGUCAACUGGUAAACCAGCAUCAGGGUCAUGGGCGCCGAAGGCUCACUAAUGCACAUGAGGAGCGAAAGCUAUCCCGCAGGUCCGAUCAUACAGAAGGGCCACAGGCUGUCAAAUUUCUCAUGAUAACCCCUGUCCACUGCCAAGAGCGCCUUCAAUGAGAACAUGAGCAUCAGAACUAGAUCAUGGAGCAAUAGAAGGAGGUUGCUUGUUCUGAUAAAUCACAUUUUCAGGUGGGUUUGUGUGCAUUGUUUACCAGUGGAUGCCCUAUGGAAAGAAGGUAGGCUGGUGAAGGCAGUGCAAUGCUCUGGGCAAUGAUCUGCAAUGAUCUGCUGGGAAAGCUUGGGUCCUAGUUUACAUGUGGAUGUUACUUUGACACGUGCCACCAACCUAGAGGUUGUUGCAGACCACGUACACCCCUUCAGGGCCAUGGUGUUCCCUGAUGGCAGUGGCCUCCUUCAGCAAGAUAAUGCACCCUGCUACACUGCAAAGAUUGUUCAGGAACAUGUCAAAGAGUUCACCUCCAAAUUCCCCAGAUCUCAAUCCACUUGAUCAUUUGUGGGAUGAGCUGGAACAACAAAUCCAAUCCAUGGAGGCCUCACAUGGCAACGUGCAGGGCUUGAAGGACUUGCUGCUAAUGUCUUGGUGCCAGACAACACGGGACACAUUUAGAGGUCUUGUGGUGUCCAUGCUUCAACGAAUCAGAGCUGUUUUUGCAGCACAAUAUUAGGCGGUUUUAAUGUUGUGGCUGAUCAGUGUAUGCUAAAUAUAUGCCGUGAAUAAUUAAACCCUGAUCAUUUAUGGUACCCUUUCUCCUUACGUAGAUUUUGCUUAAUAUAACAGGUUUAAGCAUACCUACAUUGCGUUCUUCCUCUGUUUGAUUGUUUUUGUUAUUGCAUGAAUAAGCAGCCAGCCACAUGCAAUGCCCAUUCUUAAUCAUGUCUCCAUGGAAACACACCCCUGUUUCCAAGACAUCAUACAGAGACAAAUUUCUUCGCCAUUUGAGAUGUAUUUCAUCUAUAUUCAGCUUGUAGCAGAAUGCACUGAUUGUUCUGACAGUAUAGCUGAAAAGCAAUUUGGUGAAAUGAUUAAGGAUAUAAUAGAUCAACCCUAUGGAUCAAUGGAGGCUAGCUUUUCAACUACUUUUCCAUUGAUGCUUUGCGUACCUGGACAUAGGCUGUAGUUCAUCAGUAUCUGGUGUGCUGAGGUUGGGUUAUACAGGCUCUAUACAGGGAGUGCAGAAUUAUUAGGCAAGUUGUAUUUUUGAGGAUUAAUUUUAUUAUUGAACAACAACCAUGUUCUCAAUGAACCCAAAAAACUCAUUAAUAUCAAAGCUGAAUAUUUUUGGAAGUAGUUUUUAAUUUGUUUUUAGUUUUAGCUAUGUUAGGGGGAUAUCUGUGUGUGCAGGUGACUAUUACUGUGCAUAAUUAUUAGGCAACUUAACAAAAACAAAUAUAUACCCAUUUCAAUUAUUUAUUAUUACCAGUGAAACCAAUAUAACAUCUCAACAUUCACAAAUAUACAUUUCUGACAUUCAAAAACAAAACAAAAACAAAUCAGUGACCAAUAUAGCCACCUUUCUUUGCAAGGACACUCAAAAGCCUGCCAUCCAUGGAUUCUGUCAGUGUUUUGAUCUGUUCACCAUCAACAUUGCGUGCAGCAGCAACCACAGCCUCCCAGACACUGUUCAGAGAGGUGUACUGUUUUCCCUCCUUGUAAAUCUCACAUUUGAUGAUGGACCACAGGUUCUCAAUGGGGUUCAGAUCAGGUGAACAAGGAGGCCAUGUCAUUAGAUUUUUCUUCUUUUAUACCCUUUCUUGCCAGCCACGCUGUGGAGUACUUGGACGCGUGUGAUGGAGCAUUGUCCUGCAUGAAAAUCAUGUUUUUCUUGAAGGAUGCAGACUUCUUCCUGUACCACUGCUUGAAGAAGAUGUCUUCCAGGAACUGGCAGUAGGACUGGGAGUUGAGCUUGACUCCAUCCUCAACCCAAAAGGCCCCACAAGCUCAUCUUUGAUGAUACCAGCCCAAACCAGUACUCCACCUCCACCUUGCUGGCGUCUGAGUCGGACUGGAGCUCUCUGCCCUUUACCAAUCCAGCCACGGGCCCAUCCAUCUGGCCCAUCAAGACUCACUCUCAUUUCAUCAGUCCAUAAAACCUUAGAAAAAUCAGUCUUGAGAUAUUUCUUGGCCCAGUCUUGACGUUUCAGCUUGUGUGUCUUGUUCAGUGGUGGUCGUCUUUCAGCCUUUCUUACCUUGGCCAUGUCUCUGAGUAUUGCACACCUUGUGCUUUUGGGCACUCCAGUGAUGUGGCAGCUCUGAAAUAUGGCCAAACUGGUGGCAAGUGGCAUCGUGGCAGCUGCACGCUUGACUUUUCUCAGUUCAUGGGCAGUUAUUUUGCGCCUUGGUUUUUCCACACGCUUCUUGCGACCCUGUUGACUAUUUUGAAUGAAACGAUUGAUUGUUCGAUGAUCACGCUUCAGAAGCUUUGCAAUUUUAAGAGUGCUGCAUCCCUCUGCAAGAUAUCUCAGUAUUUUUGACUUUUCUGAGCCUGUCAAGUCCUUCUUUUGACCCAUUUUGCCAAAGGAAAGGAAGUUGCCUAAUAAUUAUGCACACCUGAUAUAGGGUGUUGAUGUCAUUAGACCACACCCCUUCUCAUUACAGAGAUGCACAUCACCUAAUAUGCUUAAUUGGUAGUAGGCUUUCGAGCCUAUACAGCUUGGAGUAAGACAACAUGCAUAAAGAGGAUGAUGUGGUCAAAAUACUCAUUUGCCUAAUAAUUCUGCACUCCCUGUAGUUAGUCUUUUUAUUUUGAAUAAAACUACAUUUAGUUCCGUAAGCCCAACUUCUUCCCUUCUCAACCUGUAGUAAUACCGCAGUACAUGAUGUCAUGUCAGGUGUCUAACAGAUGUAGUUCAGCUGCUAACAAUUCCCAGAUGCUAUUGCUGUUUUCAUAAUAUACUGCUCAUGGGAUGAGCUCACUGAUGUUAUAAAAAGUAGGCUGAAAAUGAUUGUUGAAGGUACUUCCUAAUUUAGCGAGAGACUGUUACAGAAGGUGUAAAGGCUGGGAUUAUUGGCCAAUGCAUGUACUUUAAAGGAAUCUAUUUCUGUAGUGCCUGGAAAACUGGUUUAUAGGCUCUUGGAGUGCACCCCAUCUUCAGCGCUGAAGGGGUUUAAACCCCUUCAGCCACUUACCUUAAUCCAGCACUUGGCUCCCUCGGCGCUUGUGACCUCUCCUCCCCCGCUGACGUCAGCUCCCGAGUGGCGUGCGCGCACUUUUAAACCCGCCCAUAGGAAAGCAUAACUCAAUGCUUUCCUAUGGGGAUCUUUUUUGACAAAUAAGUGCGAUUUACUCAGUGUAAAUCGCGGAAGCGCCUCUAGUGACUGUCAGGGAGACAGUCACUAGAUGCUGGAUUAACCCUGUAAAGUAAACUUAGCAGUUUCUCUGACCGUGUUUUCAGCUUCAGGGCUAAAACUAUGGGGACCUGGCACCCAGACUACUUCAUUGAGCUGAAGUGGUCUGGGUGCCUAUAUAGUGGCCCUUUAAAUAGGAGUAUUUUUUUUAAUCAUUUUACAUUUAUACCAUGUCUUCAUUCUUAAACUGGUGUCAUUCCCUAGUAAUGGGGAAAACCAUUUUGCCGUGUGGGUUUCCUCUGCAAACAGGCUAAAGACAUGCGCAGCUCAAUCAUUGGAUGAGUGCAUCAACUGAGCACUCUCUCAGCCAAUGAAUGACAUCCAUGCCCUGGAUUGACAUUACCCAGCCUGGAAGCUGAGCACUCUCAGUCAAUGAAUGACAUCCAUGCCCUGGAUUGACAUUACCCAGCCUGGAAGCUGAGCACUCUCAGUCAAUGAAUGACAUCCAUGCCCUGGAUUGACAUUACCCAGCCUGGAAGCUGAGCACUCUCAGUCAAUGAAUGACAUCCAUGCCCUGGAUUGACAUUACCCAGCCUGGAAGCUGAGCACUCUCAGUCAAUGAAUGACAUCCAUGCCCUGGAUUGACAUUACCCAGCCUGGAAGCUGAGCACUCUCAGUCAAUGAAUGACAUCCAUGCCCUGGAUUGACAUUACCCAGCCUGGAACUUUUGGCAAAAAAAUAAGAGAAAUUAAUGCAAACAUAUAUAAAUAAAAGAAAUACAAGCUAUCUACUUUAAAUAUAGAUACCAAGUUAACAAUCUGUAAAGAAACAUGUCAGGUGUUGGUGGAUGAAUAAGAACAAAGACAACAUCCUAUUUUGUUUUUUUUUGUUUCUGUUAACUGCAUUAUUUAUUUUAUUGUUUUUCUAUAGGAUGACAGGGAAGGUUCCAGGCCUGAUCCAAAAUAAAUUUAAUAUGGACAUGUACUUUGAGAUGGCUGGGAGACUUUGAAUUAUCUGGGCCACGUGCACCACUAGAAAUUGUGAAACAAUGACAUGGAAGGUAUGUAGGUGACAAGGGUGGAGGAUUUCUUCAAAAAGAAUAUGGUAACAAGUUAUCUCGUUGUUCUUUUAUAGGCUUAUGGAUUCUCCGAUACAGGAGGCAACUGGCUGCCUGUGCCUGCCCAUUAUCCAUGCACGAGAUCAUUACAGAGCUCCAGGACCUCCAGAUGUUGACAGAAGAGGAGACCAAGCUGCUCCAGGAAGUUACAUUGUUACCCAUGCGGGCAGAGAACCUCCUAGAUAUCCUGGUAGGGAAGGGCAAGACAUGCCUACAGGCUCUUCAGAGCUGCAUAGAGAAUAGCUGCUCUUACCUGCAACUGCGCAUGCGUCACUAUGGUAAGUGAGAUUUUGAGAUUGUGAACCCACAUUUUGUAUUUGUAACAUUUUGUGGCUCAUUGUGCUCUAUUGUUCUCCGCAGAUCCGUUAGUUCUAAAACAUCUGGAGAAAGUGAAAACCAAGGACCCAUGCCCACUGUUAACACAGUUAGACCCUCUGCUUAUAGUAGAAGGACUCACAGACGCCCAACUUCAGGAACAUGAUAUUGUGCAGCUGGAGUUAGGUCAAGAAGGAAGGGGGACUCCCAGGCAACUAUCUCUGGAGAAACUUCUGGUCUCCCUCUCACAAGUUAGCCUUCCCCCUCGCAUUACUCUGACUGUUGGAGUGGCAGGAGCUGGAAAAAGCACCCUUGUGAGACUUUUUGUAGAGAGGUGGAUACGGGGUGAAGUGUGCCCCAGCAUCACAAGUGUGAUGGCUCUGAAUCUUUCAGAGUUGAAUGUCUAUGAUCGUCUCUCUACAGAUCGGCUAGUACGACUUGCCAACCCAAGCUAUGUAAAGCCACCUGAAGGAUCUCUUCUCAUUUUGGAUGGGCUGGAUGAGUUAAGAGCACCUCUGGAUUUCUCAGAAUCUAUAGCAUGUACUGACCCCCAAAAGGAACUCACACCAGAAUGUCUGAUAACGAAUAUACUGCGUGGUAACCUACUGUUAGAAACUGCGAUAUGGAUAACUUCCAGGCCUGGGGCAGCAGCCUGGAUUCCUGGAGGACUUGUGGAUCGUAUGACAGAAAUUCCUGGACUCAGGACUGAACAUAUUAGAAAGUUUUUGGAGCAGUUUCUGCCAGAUAACAGUGGCUUAGUCCAACGUGUCUGGGAUCACAUACAGUCCCACCGUUCAUUAAAUGCACUAUGUUCUGUACCAGCUUUAUGCCGCAUUAUUGGGACCUCUUUGGGAUAUUUACUGCACACUCAAGACUCAUCCUGUCUACCAGGAACAUUGUCCAACAUUUUCUCUUGGUAUCUCAAGGCUCAGCUGUGUGACCGUGAUGGCUUAGAGCAGUCUGGCAGUGCCCGACGAACUGUUGCCAAUUUGGGAAGACUGGCAUUCAAUGGACUGAUCAGAAAACGGUCAGUUUUUUACGAGUCAGACUUAAAAUCCUGUGGAAUUGACACCCCGUUGACCCCAGGCAGCCUCAGUGCUCGCCUACUGCUAUGUCAGCAUUCCCCUUCAUGCCUCUCUUUUUCAUUUUCACACCUCUUAUUGCUGGAGUUUCUAGCUGCCGUCCACUACCAUUCAGCUGCUAAACGAGCCAUAUUUGACCUGUUUGCUGAUGGGGCAAUGUCCUGGCCCAAAUUGGGCUACAUGAACCAUUAUAAAAGUGCUGUUCAGAGGGCUCUGCAGGCAGACGAUAUGCAGAUACCCAUCUUCCUACGGUUUCUGUCUGGCCUCCUUUCACCACAGGCUUUGCGGGUGUUGUCCGGAUGCCUCCCUGGAAAGGAAGAGCUAGGUGGGCAUCGUGGGCCGGCAGUUGACUACUUGCAUAGCUUGCUAUGUGCAGGAAAAGUAGUUUCAUGUAGUACGGUGAACUUAGUCUGCUGCCUGCAGGAACUGGGGCACACAGAACUGACAAGUGGGGUGGAAGAGGACUUCAUAAAUGGAACACUUGGAGGGAAGCUGAAUAUGUUAGGGUGCAGUGCCCUGGCAUACCUACUGCGUGCAUCCAACAGCUGUGCUCAUGAAACUAAUCUUUCCCAGUGUCUUACAUACAACCUAGUGAAAAUUCUCCUGCCACAGCUACAAUACUGUACCAGCAUCAGGUAAACUAAGCUGAGUACUGCACCAGUUAUCAUUGUGGGCUUGCGUGAUAGCUAGACAACCUGACUCAAUCGCCUUAUCUACAACUAUUUCUAUUAACCUAAUAUAACAGGAAUUGUAGAACAGAUUGGUCAUCUACCUUAGAGUAAUGUCAAUGGCUACCAUGGUGUCAUUUAUUGCACAGUGCAGCACUGUCCAAUGGGCUCUAAUUUGUGGCCUGUGGCUGCUAGCCAGGUUUAAACAUUGCUUUUUCAGCACUAUUGAAAGCACAUACACCUCAAUACAUGCAAAAAAGGAUGUACAAGGAAAAUGCAUUAAAGAUUAGUCUGAAAGCUGAAAUAGGAAAAUGGGAAGCUCGAAUAGGGAUAUGGAAUGAGGACAAAAGGGAAGUGAUGGAAUAUAAACAGGGAGUGAAUGAAAAUCUUCUUAUUUUUCAAGUUGGCCCACAGUAUAGACAUUCUACAGCACUGUCAUGGAGUUUACUUAUUGAUCCAAACUCUGAGAUCCUGGCCACCAUAGUCUUACUACUCCCCAUCUCUGUAAUAUCAAAAGGAUACAUCAUAAGUAUCACUAACUGGCUCCUUGUACAUUACCCUUGCCUACUAAAAGAGGACCUUCUGUACCCUUUAAAUCAAAAUAAAAGCUGUAAAUGAAAUCAUUAUAUAUAUAGAGAGAGAGUGUAAUUGUUAUAGAGUGCUUUAUGUUUAUAAUGUAAGUGGCCAGGGAACUGGAAACAUGUAGCCUCUACGCAUAUGAAGGGGCUUAUAAGAUCAUGGCCAUAUGUAUAGGCAAGUGAUUUUUGGGGACAUCUGACCAAUGGCUGUAUCUAUUACAAUUUAGUCUCUUAUUGGGUGGGGGGCAGGGAUCGUGUUCAGACUCUGUUAUGUAUGAUAACGGGCCACAUUGAAACCAAAUUAUCUUAGUAUGAAGAUAGCCUUUGAUCAAGUUCCCAAAGUUUGAAUUUAAGAAAGGUGGCAACAAUGCUAUAGUUUAAAUUAUUUUUGAAAUGCUGAUUUGUUAGUACUGAGGUUUACUGUAGCGUGAUAGACUAUGCCGUAUGAGUAAUGGCAUUGUAAUUGUUAGAAGAACAUAGUCAGCUAAUCAUUCAAUCGUAGGCCAUCUUUUUACUGUGACCUUUAUAAAAUUAUCACAAUCAAUUCUGACAAAGGAGUUAUUCUAGUUGCCGUGAAUGUUAACAAUUAUGUGAAAAAAAGUUUCAUUGUCAAUUAUAUGGCGGACAAACACUAACUUGGACUCACCUUGCACAUGAUUACAUUAGUUUUCUCAAGUAGGUAAAGUGGCUCUGUCACGUAAAACUUGAUUUUCUUCUUUUGUUUCUCUUCUAGAAUCUGUUCUUUUUUUCUUAAUUUCUGAUCUAUUUUUAUUAAGACAAACUCCACUUUCUUUGUCAAGAUAACAAAAUAACAAACGGUAAAGCUUGCCUUAAAGGGACACUAUAGUCACCAGAACAACUACAGCUUAAUGCACAGUGUGCAGCACUAACGUUCAGCAUCUCCACGCUCUGCAUGGAGACAAUGAACUUUCUACAAAGAGAUACAUUGAUUCAUUGCAUCUCUAGGAGUAGAUGCUGAUUAGCCAGUGCAGUGUUUGGCCCUGCCUCCUCGGCUGAGAUGAUCAGAAUUGGCGAUCUCAGCCAGUCUAAUGCUUUCCCAAUGGGAAAGCAUUGGAUUGGCUCAGAUUAUCAAUUCUGAUGACAUCAGCCAAGGAGGCUGUGGAAUAAAGGUGAGUUUUUAUCCUAUUUAAAAGGGACAAGUGGGUGCUGGCUACCUACGUUGUGUUUUUAACUCCAUAGAGUCAGGAACACACAUUUGUAUUCAUGACCCUAUAGUGUUCCUUUAAACUCCAUCCUUUGUCAAUAUUAUCAAGUGUAGGAAAAAUACAGAAGACAAAGUAGUCCCUUCUUUGUCUUAUGUUUUUGUUUUUUGUUUUUUGAAUUUUUUUUGAAUUUUUUAUUUUUGUUGUGCAUGGUUUGACAGUAGGAUAUACGUUGCCACAACAGCAAACAUAAUCACAUCAAUAACAUAGAUGUAUACAUAUGUGGCAUAGAAGUGAAAGCACAUUUUAAAAACAUUUUUUAAACUUAGUAAGGCAAUCUAGUGGUAUAUGUUAUGCAAGUAUCAACAAUAGUUAUUUCGACCUUUAAGCAGUGUCGUCAAUUAAGUUAAGCUAGAAACAGGCUUGAACAGUGAUAGCCCUAGGUUUACACUACUAUGUGUAGACACUUUAUGCUGUAAGUGGUUUGGUUAGUAGGCAUGGAAAACAUAGGCUUGCAACAUGUUAUAGGUACAGGAACAUUCUAGGCGCUGGCCGGCAAUGUCCAUUUGCAGAUUUGGGUAGGAGAAAGUCCCAGCAUGUAAGAAUGUAUAGCUCACGUGUCGGUUUUCCGGCCUGCCCGCGCCCGGCGCUGAAGGGCUGGUGCAUCCCCAGUGAGGCCUGUUCAGCCAAUACCCCGCUUGUGUAUGGGUGUUGCAGGUGAUGAAGGUGUCUGGCUGGGAGCCGCUGUAAACGGCUUCGUGCAGGGUGUUACAGUCUCUUGAGUGAGUGAUCUCUGGGGUGCUGUGGGUGUAAUGUGGGUGCUCCUUGGUCGAUCCCGUCCCGACCGGCUGGUAUAGUGGGGCUGGGCAUGCUCGGAUCCCCCAGCCCGGGUUGUAGCGGAGAGCACUUCCCUGUGUCCUCGGAUCCCUCUCCCACACGUGGGGGGACCGUGGGCCCUCCGGAGCCUCACUCUCCUGAUGCCCCUUUGGGUGUGUGGACGGUGGGUCGGAUUUUGGUCCGGUGUGCUCCCCUGCCCAGAAGGGGGUUUGUUGCUCCGAGCCGUUAAGUGGGAUCGCUGUCGAGCUUGUAGGGGCGGACGGGAGUGCUUGCUUUGCUGUGUCCGCUGUGCUUCGGCCAUUUUGUGCCCUCCUCGUGGUCGCAGUGAGGGGUGAGUUACCCGAUUGAUCUCGGCUUGAGUAGAUAGGCGCCGUGCCAGCCUGCGCCAGAAUGCUGCGAAAAUUUUGUUUAGCCUUGCUGUGUAGUCAGCUGGGUUAGUGAGGCUUGUUUUUGGCUCCUUUGUGCUCCCUCUGUGUAGCUUGGGCGCCAUCUUCGCCUCAGUCUCAGGGGUAUUCCGGAGCCGUUGCGUGUCCGGCUGUAGUGUGGGGUUAAUCGCCCCCAGCGAGGACCGGGAUAUCCCCCACCGGUCCAGAGGGGGGGGGUUGCAGGGCCCUGUCGCUUGUUUGCAUGCGAGCGUGUCCUGUGUCGGGGGAUCGGCCGCCUCCCACACACUGCAGGUCCCACUCCUGAGUAGGCCUCAUGGCUGGUCCAUGUAUGUUUAUGUGGUUUCGAUGCGGGUCGGGUAUCAUUGUGUGCCCUGUGUGGUUCUGGUUUGUUCUCUGGGCUCCGUUUGCUGCUAGCACCAGUAGUUUAUGCAGAAUUUGCGUUUUUGUGCCCUCUAUUGCAGGAGCUCUCAGAAAGCACGACCGGCCAUCUUGGUUGUCAGGCCCCACCCCCCUUUGUCUUAUGUUUUAAAGAGAAAUGGAUCAGAAAUGAAGAAAACAAUUACAGAUUCUGAAAGAGGAAGAGAAGAGUAAACAAUAGGAGACUGUCAAGUUUGAGGUGACAGAGCCACUUGAAUAGUGUGUACAAGGUGUAGCUAUUGAGGCCAAUGAUACAAAAUGGUACUUGAUUUCAGGGAUUAAUCUUGUAUCACAGUGUUAAUCUUCACUAAGCUGAACAGACCAACUUUUUUUAGACAGAGUAUUUGAGCAGUUUGUCAUUUAAAUCAAAUUAUUUCUUCUAUUCAACUCAGACGUAUGAUAAAUAUUGUGAAAAUAAAAAUUAAGACUUUUCUGUAUAGAAAUCACUUUGUUUUCUGGUACAAUAUAUUUCAUACAGACAAUAGGAACAGGCAUGGGCUCCAAAGUUGUCACACCAAUAUACAAUUUUUGUUCGUGGCCGAUCUUGAGUAGUUUAUGUGUAUGUGAGAUCAAAGUGAUUUUUGGCGUCUUGUAAGAGCCUUUGAUACCGAUUUGACUAUGUGUUUUUAACAAACUACAUUUUGACAUCUACUAGCAUUCGUUUAAUAUAAAGAUUAGAUUUGUGGAACUCCUUAUGUUUAGACAGGACAAGCAUGUAUACAAUUAUCACUGGUGUAAACACAUGUUGUAUUUAUUUUUUCCAUGCUGUGUAUACAAUUUGAGAUGUUUAGAUCUGUUUUGAAAUUUUUCGUAAACUCAUUGGAUAUGAUAGAAUACAUCCUACACAUAGAUGUCCUAAAAUGCUCAUUUUUCUCCUGCUAACCACUUACAUCCUGUAUGAUCUAGAAUGGAAAAUAACACUUUCAAAGAUGAUGUGAUGGAGCUUUUAGCCAGUGUCCUGCAUAACAAGGACUGUGCCAUCCAGAGACUUAGGUGAGUCCCACAGGUAAAGAAAUCCAUCUUUCAAAAACAAAAUCUUCUCAUUACUUUUAUUGUACUGUACAAUGACUGAAUUAACAAUGUGUAGGGAUGACAGACUGAACACACAUAAUUAGUUUUAUCAGUACAAAGACAAUGAGGGCCUGCACCUUCACUGUCAAAUUUGGCAUGUGUAGCAAUGUGGCCUGUGCGCUUACCAUCUAAAUUGUCCAUAUUUGUUCAUGUGGAGUAGGGAAACAUAUCAUCUCUCCCAACACACACAUAGAUGCUGUUUUUUUUGCCCUUAAAUAGACUCCCUAAAGGCUUAUUCUUCUUUUAUCAAACCUCACUUUGAUUUAAACUAUUUUCAACAAUGGUGGUUCCAUCAAUAAGUUUAAACAUAAUGACCAUGAAUUUAAGAAAUAAUUAAAGCAAGGUUAGGCACUACUCCAGAUUUUGUAGACUACAUCUCCUGUUAUGUUUUUACAGCCAUAAUGCUAGCAAAGCAUCAGGGAAGAUGUAGUCUAAAAUGUCUGGAGUGCCAAAGGUUGCCUACCACCACUCUAAAGAAUGGAGUGAAUGCUCCAACUUUAGAACUGUGCACCAGAUUUGCUCCAUGUGUAAGGUUCCUUAAAUUAAUACGAUUAGAAGAAAGAAGCUGCCAAUCGCUCACCAAUAUUCCCUUACCAGCCUGGCAGAGAAUCUCCUGUCUGACCGUGGUGUGAAGGUCCUGGGUAGAGCCCUGAUGGUGAAUCGCACACUUGUUUCACUUGAGUGAGUAUUUUAACAAUCAGCAGACAGAUUUAUGGUUUGGUUAUGGGAUCUUCUCAAUAUUAUUAAUUUCAUACCUGUUUUUUGCAGCCUACAUGGGAAUUUUAUUGGACCUAAAGGUGUAAAGGCUCUCGCAGAAGCUCUGAAAAACAAUCAAGUCUUGCUCAGCCUAAAGUGAGUUCUUUACAGCAGGUGACAUCUUGGUCAGGUCUUUGGCAUCUCACCUUUCUGGUGAAUUCUCAUGACAAUUAGUCUGAUAUCAAGUUCCCAUUUUAGCCAAACUAAUCAUAAUCAGUUGUACACAUUGGCCGAGGAUGCUGUCAGCUGUAAACUGCCUAAAGUUUCAGAGAGACAUGGAGGCGUCCCAUGAUUUAAAGAUGUAUCACUAGAAAAGCAUUUAUUCAACUAUUAUUUCGAUGAUCAAUUGGUUAACUAUAAAUUCCUGUUCCCUUUCCUUAGUUAUCCAAUAUGUCACUGGUUCAAAAGUAAGAAAAUAAGACAGCCAAGGAUAAGAACAGCAAAUUAUUUUAGAAGAAGGUGCAAAAAAAAAAAUAAUAAUUGCAAAGUUACAUAAUAUUUCCAGAUCAGUUAUUUUUGCCUCCAUUUUUCCAUUCAGAUGUAGUUUGUGAAAAUGAGUUUAGCAAGUAGCCCUGUCAAUGUCCACGGAUCUAGGCAAGUGCCCCCAAUUUUUGUAAUUGAUAUUAUUUUGUGUCAGGACAAGUCGAUUGUCCUGACGAGCUAGUAGAUUGGGCUACCACUUGAGCCCCUUGGACAAGUAGAUUUUUUAAAAAAACUCCACACCCCUCUCUAGUCUAAAAUCCGGCAGACCCAGACCUCCCCUUUGGCAGUCCUAUCCUGGCAUAGCUGGUGCAGAAAACCCUUUUUCUUUUAAAUUCAGAUGGCCCACAGGUGAUUUUUCUUGACCCAUUGACUUAUACAUAUCAGUGUGUGAUAUUCUCAAAUUGUGAUGGGCAGAAGAGAUGCUUGAUGUUAGUGCAUAGUCUCAAUAGAAUAACAGACUGGAAAGCUUUGUCUUACCUGUGAGAAAGCUUCUUAGAUUUUGAGUUUUACUUAUAUUGUCUGUUCCAUAUAAUGUUUCUGCAUGAUAUUUUCUCCUGCUGCUAUUUAUUAUCUUCUUUACAGUCUCUUGGUCCUCACUGUACGUUCUUCUCUCUUGCAGUCUACACAAUAACCAGAUUAAGUCAGGCGGCACUCAUUAUCUUGCGGAGUCUUUGCAGGUGAACUGCAAUCUGAAGACGUUAAAGUGAGUAUCCUCAUGUUCUGUGGAGCAAGGUUAAGACAGAUAUUUCUGGAAUCCUCCCUGAUGCUCAGUUGGUGUGUUCUGUGGUUUUGCUAAACAACUGUCAUUAAAUUUUCCCUUCUGUUUUUUUUUUUACUUUUCAUAUAUUUAAUAAAACGUAAUGAUAUAAUAUCCUCCUGCCCUUUCCACCAACUGUUAAAAUGCCUACAUUUAGGGCUUCAGCCCCCAAAGAACCACCUCCCUAACAUUUCCCCUAUGAUUGGUGGUGUUCGGUAAUAAUGGUGACUCCUCACGGAGUCCCAUCUGAUUGGCUGAGUCUAUCUCAGAGAGGGAUCCAUGCAUUAUGUCAGACUGUCAGUAGGGAUUGUAGCUCAACCUUGGGAUUCCGGCUCUAACGUUGAUAUGUAACCAUUUCCCUUUUGAUGUCAUCGUAGCAUUCAGAAAAACAAUAUUGAGGCAGAGGGGGCAGAGAGUCUAGCAAGGUGUCUCAAGCAGAACCAAGUCCUUCAGGAGCUGUGGUGAGUGUGAAAUGUUGUUGUACAUGUUUGUGUUGACUUGGCAAUGAUGUGAGAGUAGAGAAAUAUAAUGACUUUCUCAAUCAGCACUUUAUAUUUACUCUCUGUGACACAGCUGAAGCUGUGGCCUUAUCUAGAGUUCCGUUUACAGAACAAAGUGGCUAGUACAAUAAGCUUGUUACGGAGAGUUAGGCAGCCAUUCCAUUUAUUUUAACUAAUGCUGAGUACUGAACUACACAUCCCAUAAGCCCUUGCUGGGCAAAAGUGUAUACGGUAAACCCCAGCUGAAAAUAUUGGGAUGGCUAAGAUUAUCAGCUAGAUGUCGGAUUCAACAAACCACAGGGAUAUGUAGCGCACAGAAGAACAUCGAAGGUUAGUAUCUUUUUAAAUAUAUUUAUUUUUGUGUGUGUGUAUUUUAUUCAAUGCAUCUAUAUAGUGCAUUAAGAAAAUAAGGGCAGCGUUCUCUGGCCAUUAAUAUCCCUCGAAGAUUUCUAUUUUUGAUUAAUAUUUUAAAUGGUAAUAAAUUAUUAGUAACAGUAGUUUUAAUUAAGUUAUUUUUUUUAUCAUCUGUGCUACAAUCACUCUUUGCCAGCAAUUCACAAAAUGAAAUCAUUCUUGGGUUUCCCCUUCUGCUCCUAUCACAUAUCAUGUUUCCUCCCUCAUAUUCUAUGCUGUUUCAACACUCUUUUGUACUCUUGCCUCUCUGUUACUGAAUGAUCCCCAGGCAUUCUAUCCCAAUCUACAGGUUGUCCAGUAACACUUUGGGGGACCGAGGUGCCUCAGCUCUGGCUGAAGCUCUUACUGAAAAUUCAAGUUUGAGAACGCUUGAGUAAGUCCUUCAGAAUAUAUGAAGAUUUUUCUAAAGAGAGCUUCCUCUGCUUUGUAGGGAUAAAGAAUCUAAGUGGAAGUAUGAUAUGCAGAGAAGCUGAAAGAUUUAUAAGGAUAAACCUACACAGGGCAUGUUUUCAUGACACAAGUAGUGGUGUCUUACAGGUCUUGGUGGAGUAGGUAGAGAACGACUCUGUACUGGUCCAAGUGGAGUAGGUAGAGAGUGACUCUGUACAGGUCUUGGUGGAGUAGGUAGAGAGUGACUCUGUACAGGUCUUGGUGGUGCAGUAGGUAGAGAGUAACUCUGUACAGGUCCUGGAGGAGUAGUUAGAGAGUAACUCUGUACAGGUCCUGGAGGAGUAGUUAGAGAGUGACUCUGUACAGGUCUUGGAGGAGUAGUUAGUGGGUGGCUCUGUACAGGUCUUGGUGGAGUAGGUAGAGAGUGACUCUGUAAAUGUCUUGAUGGAGUAGGUAGAAAGUGACUGUUCAUCAAGUAGGUAGAGAGUUACUGUGUAUAGGUCUUGGUGGAGUAGGUAAAGAGUGACUCUAUACAGGUCUUGGUGGAGUAGGUAGAGAGUGACUCUGUACAGGUCCUGGUGAAGUAGGUAGAGAGUGACUCUGUAAAUGUCUUGAUGGAGUAUGUAGAGAGCUACUCUGUACAGGUCUAGGUAAAGUAUGUAGAGAUUGACUGUGUACAGGUCUUGGUGGAGUAGGUAGAAAGUGACUGUGUACAGGUCUUGGUGGAGUAGGCAGAGAGUGACCCUGUACAGGUCUUGGUGGAGUAAGUAGAGAGUGACUGUGUACAGGUCCUGGUGGAGUAGGUAGAGAGUGACUGUGUACAGAUCUUGAUGGAGUAGGUAGAGAGUGACCUGUACAGGUCUUGGUGUGGGCUGUAGUGAGUUACUUUAUAUAGGUCUUGAUUUGGAGGUAGUGAGUAAUUAGGUACAAGUCUUGGUGUGGUAGGUAGUCACUUUGUACAGGUCUUGGUGUGGUUGGUAGUGAAUGAUUCUGUACAGGUCUUGUUUUAGUGGGUAGUAACACUUUAGGUAUCAUGCUGUAGUGUUUAGUGAUUCUAGACAUUAAUCUUUUCAUACUCUAUCUUGCAUUUCCAAUUACUGUGGAUUUAACAGAGUCCCUUUAUGUGCAGUUUGAAGAGUAAUUCAAUCAGCAACCGUGGAUUAAGUGCAUUGACCAGCGGACUGAGCCGGAACCAGAGCCUGAAACUGCUCAAGUGAGUGAAUCCGAUCGACCACGAAGUAGUCCAUUUACCAAAUGCUUUUAUAACAAACCUGAAGAUUUAAAAAAUAUUCCCAGUGUUGGUUGGUGGUUCCAGGUUUUUUUUUAGAUAAUAUUAUUAUCUAGUGAUUGGGUAUCAUUUCCAGAUUAUAUUUUGGCAUUCCACCAUCUAUACACAGUACACAGUGGAUCAAGGGCAUCUUCUCUGUGACAUUUCUCAGGUCUCUUUCAUGCAUUCUAUGCCCACAUCGUAGUCAUGUAACUUGUAUUGGUGGUGACAUAUGGGGAAUGUGCCGGAAACCUUGUGUGUUGUGUUUUUGUAACCCACUUCCAUGCAAAGAAAGGUAGAAAAGUGAUAAUAAGAAAAUUAUAAAGCAUCAUAACAAGUCGUGCUUCAGGAUAAUAUUGUGAUUUUCCUUUUUUUAUGUCCCGUUCACGUACCAUCUGACAUUUACCCUUCCAAACUUUUUUUCCUCUUCACCAGCCUUCGGGAAAACUCAAUCAGCAUCGAGGGUUCCAGGGCUUUGGCAGAAUCUCUCAAAAGAAACUGCACGUUGAAGCACUUGGAGUAAGUAUUCAUCAAAUUGCUGAGAAUCGAAUGUUCUGGGCAUGUAAACACUUCAGCUUGAAGACAUGAAAGGCCAAGAAGAUCUGGAAUUUUUAGCGUUACGAGUUUUAGAGUUAUGAACAGUGUAAACUACUUUCAUGACAAUAUUGCGACAUUAACAAUUAAACUUAAUUGAAGAAUUUUCCAAAUUCAGUUUUCAGUCCAUCCUGAUGCACCGUUUUCGGGCGGGGAAAGUCAAAAUCAAAAGGCUGAUUAUGUUGCCAGCUGGAUCUCCAAACUGUGGAGAAUGCGAGAAAAUGGAUAAUAAUAGAUUACAUACUAUUUAUGUGUGGGUGUAUAUUCACAUUUAUCCGCACACUAGAAAGAGAGAUUUGGAAACCCAUUCAAGGAAAUAAAAGCGAUAAAAGCUGUUCAAGUGUCUCUUUCUUUUUCUUUUUAAAAAAUGUAGGUGAGAUAAAUGGGCUUAUUCAUUAAACAGUGAAUUGUAGGACACAAAUUGCAAUAUCUGGGCAAAAACAGCCGAGAGGAAAUAAUUCUCCAAAUCAUCUGCGGUCACAUUUAGGCUAUUUUAACCUACAUUUUGCAAAUCAGUUUUUAAUUCACUGUCUCUGAAUAUUCCCCAACUAUUAACCCAAUACAGAGAUUCUUGGGAAAAAUAGCAAAGGGAAGACAAUCUGUGGAAAGUAUGGUAUGAAGACAAUAUUCUUCUGGUAUCCAUCUUUGAGAGUCAAGGUGUUUUUUGUCCCUUGGAUUUGCAUAGAAUGUUAGGCUGUGCUGGCAUUUGAUACAAAAUCUAAAUUUCCAAUGAUGCCCUGCACUCAUCUAAUGUACAUACAUGUGAGUGUGUAUGGCAGUAAGGGAUGCCAUUUUGGGGAGAUGGUGGCAGGAAACAAUUGGUUCAGAGGAAUUAAGUAUGGUUUACUGGGGUGGGGGAAAGUAACAGCUCCAGUUUCAGGCUCCUUCAGUGUAAAGACACAUUGUGAGCGUUAAACUGGAUUUCUAGGUACAGUCAUGAGGCUCAUUCGAGAUAUGUCUCUUACAGUUUGACCGCAAAUCUGUUGCACGACGAGGGAGUUGAAGCUCUUGCAGAAUCGCUGAAGGAGAAUCGGAGCCUGGAGUCUCUACAGUGAGUCUUUAUAGAUCUCGUAUUAUGAGUCCCUCAUAAUAGCCUCAGUAUUAUAAAAGUGAAUCGGUCCAUCUGAAUGAGAGCAAUUGUUAUUAGGCGAAAUUGCAAGUAAAUGUAUAGAUCAAAAAAGUAUUUUACCCCUAGACUAAUGUUAGUCACAGUGUCACAGGGAGAUGUAUGACAGAAGGUGAAAAAAACGAUAUGGUCGUUAGCGUUCAUACUGUCGUUAGCUCUCAUAUUACAUGGUUUAUAAUAAUGAUUUGUGCUAAAAGAAUUGAUACAAUGUUCUUUUCAUCAUUAGUUCAGUAGCCUUAAGAUUACUCUCCUGUUGAUGUGACGUGUAUUAACGAUUUAGUAAAUUAUGUCACAAUCCAGUUCGAUCCUGGCGCAGCGAAGGCACAUAUUUGCAUUUGUUCUAAUCCUUCGCAUACUACAUCCAAUGACAGAAAAGGGAAGAGCGUAUGAUAGUGAUUGACAGGAAGCCAAAAUGGAGUGCUAAACACAGCGUUUUUUUCUUUUCUUUUCCACACCUCACAAAAAAAGAUUUCUUAAAUAUAGGGAAUAAGUAAACAGAGUAUUAAAAAUCCUGGAAACUGAUGGUUUCAAAUUAAAGAGGUCAGUUUUUAACACAAGCUUCUACUUGCCCACAAACUGGAUAGCAAUAUGCAUAUUAACUUAUUUGUUUAUUUAAAAAAAAAUGCAAUAUUGUAAUAGUGCUUAAUAUAUAGAGAAAAACUCUGCCAACAUCACUGCCCCCCCUCCCCCAUUCUAAGUAGUUAAACCAUUUUAGAACUGUUUGACCACUACAUCCACCAGAGAGCGCUAAUGAGCUAAGCCCUGCCGUGUAAAACCAGUUCAUUGGCUGGGAGUAUCAGCUAAUUGCUCUCAAAGAAUGACCUAUGCCCUGCACCCUCUGGCAUAGUUAAGAAAGAAGGCUUCCGGCUUUCUGUUGAAUGUAGUGCAGGUGGGGAGCCGUAAUCAGUGGUCUCAGGUAAGAAGUCAGAUUAUUUUAAAAUAGUUUGACUACUUACAAAGGGGUUAGGGGUCCAUGAUACUCCUCAUACCAUUAACACGACAGCAUGUUGUAGUGGUUAUGGUGCUUGGAAUGGUCUUUUCAUGUUGGCGUCUUCCACGGCCUCUGAUUGGUUCCCCAUAGACUAACACAUAAUGUUUCAGCUGUGUAUUUAUGUAUCUCUUUCAGCCUCCAGUGGAAUUUCUUGAGGGCUGCAUCGGCUCGCGCUCUGGCUGGUGCCCUCCGUGAAAACCUAUCCUUGACUUGUUUAGAGUAAGUCCGGUUAUUUUAGGCAAUUCUACAUACACAUGCAUGAUUUGGUGUUGAGCAUUUCCUACCAUUUAUCUUAUAUGUGGUCACUCUGAGCUCUCUUCACAAUGUAUGUGUUGAGACAAAAAAAAGCAGAACGGGCUGAAAACUGUGAGGAAUAACAAUGACUGGAGGAGAGCAUGGUGGUCAAUGAAAACCCUUCUGCCACCUAGAGUAAUGUGGUGAGAUGUCAAGCCAGUCUUUGGGUCAAAUCCAGCAAGUUCCCAGUUAUUCAGAGAGGUACAGCUGUACAUGCAGGUCAAGAAACGAUGGGACCUUCUACAGAAUUAAGUGCCUGGGCCCUCAAAGUCUUCCAGAUACCGUCAUGGUCCCGGUGUAGGAAAAUGUAUAACAUAUUAAACUGUGGCUGCAGAGCCUUAACAGCUGCUCGGGCAGUAAAGGCUUAUAAAUACAGUUCAUGGUAUUUCACUAGCCAGUGGUGGCCUUUUUAUUUUGAAUAUUUUACAUAGCGUUUAGCAUUUCCAUAGCAGAACAGAGGGAGCUGUCCACUGAUGUGCAGCCAGUGUAUAACUCCAGUUCUGCAUAUUGUAACUAGAUGUGCAUAGAUCUAAUUUUAAGUGAUGUAUUUGAAUAGACUGCCUGGUAAUGGUCAAACGAACUGCUUCAGAAACCCAGCACCUUCAAAAACGAGACAAAUCUUAAAAUCCUUUUCAUUUGUACCCAAAAAGGGAUUUUGAUUAGUGUGAUUCGGUUAGUUUAUGAACUAACCAAAUUUUGGAAUCGAUUCGUUUGAGGGUUUCAAAGCAUUUUAUGCAGGCAAAUCACUUAAAACAGAUUUUUUUUCACUUGGCUAAUUUGUAACUAAUAAUGACUAUCCUGUGACCUCUGAUUCUUAUUAGCUUGCAGGAGAACUCUCUCGGAGAUGAAGGUACGGCAGAACUCUCCAGCGCUCUACGAGAGAACACCACACUCCAUGCUCUCUAGUAAGUGUUCUUUUUGAAUGGAUGUUCUCAAAUAAGUGAGCCUGGUAGAUGUGUAAAAGUGGGUCUAGUCAAUCAAGACCACAGAAGCUUGGGUCUAGAGCAGGGGUAGGCAACCUUUUGCACUCUGGAUUUUGUGGACGACAUCUCCCUUUAUGCUCCCUAAAUAUAUUUUAAAUGAUUUAGUUAUCUUUACUACAUAGCUUUUUAAACAAAUUUUAUUUCAACAAGUGUAGAGAUCUUUAUUGAAUAAUUGAUUUUAUAUAUUAAAAGGUGAGGUCGGGUAGCUAAAAGGGUUACUGCAAGCACCAUGACUACACCAGUGAUUUGAAGUGUUCAUAGUGCUUGGAGUCUGCAUGUGCACCAUUUAUACUUGUUGUGCCUUCAUUUCAACAACUCUAUAUUAACUAUCUGUAAAUUCACAUUCUAAUAGUACUACCAGGAAGAGAAGCCCAUGAUUGUAUGGUUGCAUAUAUAACUUGAAAUAUGGAUGCAUUAUAGAGAAAAUACAUGUAGACAGAAUUCUGAAAAUAAUUGUAUUAUGCAAAAACACUAUUGUAAUAAUAUCCAAUAAAUAAAUUUUAAUUUACAAGCCAAAAUAUCUAUCUAUAUAUCCAUCCGUCCAUGCAUUCAAGUUUCUCCAUUUAAUGCAUUUUCCCUCCACACAAACCAACGUGCAUGUAAUCACCAUUUACGUUGUGAUACAAACAUUAGACGACAUACGUAGGUGACAGUCUAUGCUGACCGAUCCUUGCUACAUUGAUCUGAAAGUAUCAGUAAAUUGCAUGUACCUUCAAUUGAGACAAAACUCUCAUUGAGCUGUAGCUGAGUGCACUCCCACGAGACUAAAGACAGAGAGAGAUCCAAAUUAGCCUCUGCACGAAGGUGUUACAGAUCGAUGAAACACUUAGAAGAAAUAAAUCUGGCACAACAAUAUAUUGAAAGGAACAAAGCCACAAGAAUAAUCAUGAUCAGGAUUCGUUAGGUGACAUAGAAAAUGCCUGUAUCUGUAUUGAUUACAAUAUAGUCAGGGCUAUUCUUCAAGCGCAAGCUUGUUUAACCUUUAACUAGGACAGAAUACCUGCAGGACUUUAUUCAAGGGUCAUAGAUCAAUAAGAUAUAAUAAGAAACAAACUAGAAGUGGUGUAUAGAGAUAAUAAAAAUUGCAAAUAUAAAUUCCAUGCAAGAUACAAGAGAAAAAUCUUAUACCUUGUUGGAACCCUCACAAUUGUUUAAUUGACAAAAAAAAAUAAAAAAAAAUGAUAUAUAUAUUGAUAUUUAUUUGUGGUCGAAUACAAUAAGCCGAGUUACAGUAGCGGUGAUGUAAGUCGGUUGUGGUGUGCCGAAACCAAAGUUUGGGUAGGCCGUUUAAGAGGGCCUACCAAGAUGAAUGGCUUAAUAAAGGGAGUGUUGGGUGGGCUGAACUAGACAGUCUCUGCCCUGUGGAAGGGGGCAGCCUAAAAAUGUAUAGGUGGUUAACCCUUACCACAACUAAGCCUUCUCAUAUAUACAAACAUACAUAAUACAUUGUUAUCAAAUAAGUAAGUAUCGAUCAUUCUUAUUAUCCCUUUUGUUAAACUGUACACAAUGUGUGAAUUUUUAGCUACACUGCUACAAUCAUUGAGUAUAUUAUCACUUACAUUUACUCUGAGUAGUAAGGUAGAGUAAUAAUAUCAGGAGUAAAAAUACCAGAUCAUAAUAGGUAAGGGCAGGACCAACGUUCAACAUCGUGCCAAACACAUGUAGACUCAAUGCAUCUCUAAGAGGAGAUGCUGAUUGAUUGAUAUGUGGUGAUUUGCCCUACAUGCACACUAGACUCCCAGUGCUUCCCUAUGGGGAAGGAUUGCAUUGACUGAGAUUAUCCAAUGCCAUGAUCAUCUAAGCACCUGGGAAAAAGGUUUACAACUAGUUUAAUAUAUGUAUUCUGAAUUACAUCAGCUGGUAAUACAGGGCUGAGAUAUAGAAUAGGAAAAAUGGUAAACCGCGCCAAAAAGUGCUCAAAAGUGCUAAAUAAAUAUGUUAUACAUACAUAUUAAUCUUGGUUAAUAUAGCAUGGUAAAAUCCUCGAGGGAAACAAAAAACAAUAGAAUAAUAGUGCAAUAUGUUGUCGUUAAUAGACACAAAUGUAUAUAAAAUUCCAAAUAAAAGGUAAACUCACACUUUGCAGAGCUACUAAGAGCUCUGCUGUAUAGCGCCCGCGACUCAGAGGAAAAUAGGACGUCACCACAAACUCUUUAUUUGGAAUUUUAUAUACAUUUGUGUCUAUUAACGACAAUAUAUUGCACUAUUAUUCUAUUGUUUUUUGUUUCCCUCGAGGAUUUUACCAUGCUAUAUUAACCAAGAUUAAUAUGUAUGCAUAACAUAUUUAUUUUGCACUUUUGAGCACUUUUUGGCGCGGUUUACCACUUUUCCAAUUCUAUAUCUCAGUCCACUACAAGCAGGUAUUGGGAAAUCCUGCUGGUUCACUGCUGCUUCACAUUUGGUUAGCUAGAGCGCCUAACCUAUUUUUUUUUUUUUUUAAAUUUAUAUUUUAUUGUGUUAAUCGAGGUUGUGGGGGUACAGAAAAGAAGGUGGGAGGGUUGGUUAAACAGGUAACAUCUCUAUAUGACACUCAUGAUUCCAAAACAAUGUGUCACCAUUAUGCGAGAGACAUUGUUCCAACACAGUAGUAAUAGUAACAACUAACAAUUGUGCACAAGGUAACAUCAGUACAUUCUUAACAAUGUGGCAUUAACUUUCAUGAGACAAUAUAGUGCUGUUACAUGUGCAAGGUGUUCCGUUUGUCGUCGCCUGCAUUGUAAAUCGUCAGUGGCGAAAGGUAGCACUAAUUGUCGUAAAGUUUCUUCUUGUCUUUUCGUUAGGUGCUGGGUGGUAGGGGUCCGGUAGGGGGUCUAGAACCUGAGUGGGGGUCUAAGGGUGUCCGGGGGGGCGGGGGGGUUAUAGGUGGGUGGAGUGCAUGGGUGUGCGCGAGCAAUACCCGUAAUUCGUUGGUGGUUGUCUUGGUCUGGUGGUAGAACUGCUGUGGCGUAGGGGGGCUAGUCCGGGUUGCAGUCCCGGUUAGUGCUUGUGGUAGUGUUUGCUAUUGUUAGUGUUCUGUCCUUUAUUCGUCCAAACUCUCUUUCCCAUUUACCCCAAGUAACGUCAAAUUGUGUGAUAUUCUUAGCAGAUGUGGUUGCCAUUCUCUCAUAUAUAUGGAAUUGCCCUAUUUUAUCUGUCAGCUGUAGUUGAGUGCUAGGAGAUUUCCAGUUGAGUGCUAGGAGAUUUCUUGCAGCCAUGAAAACUAACGUUAUGAUUUGUUUUUGGCCUGGGUUAAGGCCUGUGGGAAGCAGGAGCAUUAGGCAAAUGGGUGCUGUUAGUUCAAAUUUUGGAAUGUUUAGUGUGUCUAGGAUUGACCUCGUGGCAGUCCAGAGAGGUUUGAUGCCUCUGCAAGACCACCACAGGUGUAUCAGUGUGCCUGGGCUUGAUUGGCAUCUCCAGCAUAGCGGGCUCGUCGCGGGAAAUAGUUGGUGAAGUCGUUGUGGGGUCAUGUACCACCGGUACAUGAGUUUCCUGUGGGCCUCUAUGUGUGAGAAACAUUUUGUUUGUUUGGACAACCCAUUCAGUGUUUGUAGCCACUCCAUAUCUGUUAAGGUUAUGUCACAGUCUAUCUCCCAUUGGGCUUUGUGCGAAUGUGGUUUAGCUGGCGUGAGUUCUUGCCACGUUUUGUAACAUAGUGUGAGUGUUUUAGGUUUAUUGGGUGAGGACCAGCAUCUGUCAAUGAGCAGCUGUGAAGUGGUUUGUGGGGAGCUGUUUGGGUUGUGUGCGGUAGUUAUGUGUGCUUAUAAUACGCUUUUAAUCUGUAAGUAGGAGAAGAUGGCUCGGCUGGGGAGUUUCCACUGCGUUUGUAGUGUGGGGAAGGGUGUUACUUUCCCUUCGGUCAUCAGUUGGGAUAUGUGUUUGAUCCCUGCCUUAUGCCAGUCUUGAAGUGGUAUGUCUUUUACCAUUGUUCUGAGUAUCGAGAUGGGUGAUUUGGGGUGGAAGGAGUUGUUAUAUCCAUGAAUUCAUCCCAUACUGCCAGCGUGAGCUGGGUGGUUGGGAAGAGAUCCUGUCGUCGCGGUCUGAGGUGUUUGGGUGUCCAGAGAUAGUCAAGUAGGCUUUGGUUGUGGAAUUGUGCUCUUUCCAUGUCUACCCAUUGAAUCGUAUUAGGUGGUGUGUGGGAGAGGACACCUGUGGACAGGAUAGCCGCUCUAUAGUACUGUCUGAGAUUGGGGAGACCAACUCCGCCAGAGCGGGUGUCUGUUUGGAGGAGUGCCAUGGAUACCCUAGGUUUCUUACCCCCCCAGAUGAAAGUGCUGCAUAGUUUUUGUAGUGUUUUGCAGCAUUGGGCUGGUAUUUUGAGGGGGAUCAUCCUAAAGACAUAGAGAAUGCGGGGCAGGAUCAUCAUUUUGUAGGCAUUAAUCCUCCCCAGCCAUGAGAUCAUCGUAUGUUUCCAUUUGUGCAUUUCAGUGUUGCAGAGCGUUUGUAAUGGUGUGUAGUUUAAUGUUAUCGUGGCCGAGGUGGAGGGUGCCACUUUUAUCCCCAGGUAUGUAAUGGAGGCGGAUCUCCAAUCAAAUUUGUAUGUGGUGCGAAGGGAGUUUAUCAGGGCUUUUGGCAGGUUGAUGGGUAGGGCUUGGGUUUUGUCUUGAUUUAAUUUGUAGUAUGAGACUUUUCCAAAUUGUUGUAUGAGUUCCAGCAUAUGUGGUAAAGAGCGGGUGGGGUCUGUUAGUGCCACGAAAAUGUCGUCGGCAAACAGGGCCAGGCUGUACCUCUUGUCUCGUAUGGGGAUUCCUUGUAUGUCUGGAUGGGAUCUGAUUUUGCACGCUAGGGGUUCCAGGGCUAGUAUGUAUAGAAGGGGCGAGAGGGGACAUCCUUGUCGGGUGCCGUUAGUAAUAGAGAAGGGGUUGGACAGGAAGCCUCCAUGGGAGACCUUGGCCGCUGGUUUGUGAUAUAAUGCCAUUAUGCUUUUGAUCAUGGACAUGGGGAAGUUAAAUUUGUGUAGGGUUUUAGCCAUGUAUUCCCAAUUUAGCCGGUCGAAGGCCUUCUCCGCGUCAAGCGCGAGGAAGAGUCCCUUCGAACCCCUAGUGUCUAGCGUGGAUAACAUGUUCAGGAUUUUCCUGGUGUUGUCUGAGCCCUGGCGCCCUUUAAUGAACCCCGACUGGUCAUUGUGUACCAGUUUGUGUAGGAGAGGAGCUAGUCGGUUGCUGAUGAGUUUAGCAUAGAUUUUGGCAUCCCCAUUGAGUAGGGAAAUGGGCCUGAAGUUUUUACAUUGAGUGGGGGGCUUGCCAGGCUUAGGGAGGGUGGAGAUGUGGGCCAGCAGCAUCUCCUCUGGUAAUGCGCCUGCGGUGGCGCAGGUAUUGAGGAGUUUUAGUAACUGUGACGCGAGGAUGUGUGAGAAUUUCUGGUAGUAUGCGUUAGUAAAGCCAUCAGGGCCAGGGGAUUUGUGGGCUGGUAGUUUCGAUACUACAGCCGUGAUCUCGUCUAUGGAGAAUGGUUGUUGUAGCAGGUCUAGGUCAUCGUUUGUUAAUUUUGGUAGGUCAAGUCCCGUCAAGAACCCGUCAAUGUCGUCAUGUGUAGGUAAGAACAUGUUGGGGUCAGUUUUAAGGUUAUACAAUUCACUGUAAUAUUUCGCAAAUUGGUCUACAAUACAUUGUGGGUUCAAAGUCUUCGCUCCCUUAUUGUCUACUAGGAAGGCAAUCCUGGAGGCCACACAUCUCUCCUUUAGUUGUGACGCUAGUUUGGCGCCCGCUCUAUUUCCGUUGGCAAAAAAGUUAUGUUUAGCUUUGUGUAAAAUAUAUGUUGUUUUAGCUAGUUCUAUGUUUCUUAAUUGAUUUUGGAGGUCUAUCAAUUUUUUGCAAGUGGCCCUAUUUGGGUCUCUUUUGUUGGAGUGUGUUAGUGUGGCUAUUUCUGUUACCAAGGAGUUAUAGGUUGCGAGCCUUAUUUUCUUGGCUCUACUGGCGUGUUUUAUAAGGCUGCCUCGUAUGACCGCCUUGUGCGCUAGCCAGAUUUGUUCUAUCGGUGAGUCUUGCACCGUGUUUUCGGCGAAGUAGUUCUGUAGGUCUGAGGUAACCUGCGUCACUACAUAGGGGUCCACCAGAAGAGACUCAUUCAGCCUCCAGGUGCCUGUCCCUUUAUUGGGGAAUGUUUCCUUGAUGCUUAGGGUGACGGGUGCAUGGUCUGACCAUGAUAUUGUUCCAAUAUUAGCUUCCUCUAUAUUAGUUAUGGAGGAUGCGGGGAUGAGAAAGCGGUCUAUGCGGGAGUAACUGUUGUGUGCCAGUGUAUGGCAUGUAUAGUCAACUUCUGUGGGGUGGAGGAUGCGCCAUGGGUCUACUAAGUGGUGAGAGGCUAGUGUGGCGCAUACUUUGGCUGUUAGAGCCGUUCGUCUCCUCAGGGUGUUUUUAGAGAGCCCUGCAGCGGUGGAUGAGUCAGACUCACUAUCUAGUAAGAAGUUUGUGUCGCCUCCAAUGAUUACCUCCCCAUAUUUGUACAUAUCAAGUGUGGCCAGAGUCGAGGUUAGGAAUUCGUGUUGGUUUUCAUUAGGACUGUAAAUAUUGACUAGCGUAUAUGGGUUAUUGUUAAGAAGGCAUUGCAAAAUCAGGUAGCGCCCUUUUCUAUCAGUUAUUUUGCGAACCAGGGAGAAUACUACAUCCUUACUAACUAGAAUGGAAACACCUCUUUGCUUGGCCGUGAAACAGGUGUGGAAGUCAUGGGGAAACCAUUUAGAGGUGAAUUUUGGUCUAUCUUUCCACCUGAAAUGCGUCUCCUGAAAGAACGCCACUAGAGCGCCACUUUUCCUUGCCUCUUGUAUAGCCAGCCUGCGCUUGUGCGGGGAGUUAAGCCCUUUUGCGUUUAGGGACAUAAUUUUAAUUACCAUGACCUAUACGUUUGGGUCGCUGCGCACAUGAAUAUAAAGGAUUCAGAGUUGUCUUGCAAGAUAGGUAGAACGCCUUUACGGGUAUGCUGGCAUGGGGAAGAGGGGAAACAACAGGGUAAUAACUAUAUACAAAGUUCCGUAUGUCGCCAUAUGGGGACAUUAGGUCGCAUCAAGCAACGGACAAGUAUGGCUCUCAGGAGGCCUUAAGAGCCUUGGGGGUGGCCCACGUGGAGCCGGUUGGCACUAACCACAAUGCUCGUGGUUGUGGCAGUGCUUGGGUGUAGGUAAGGCGGGUUUGGGAGUUCCUCCUCCCUGUCACGGCUUGGGCUAAAAACAUUUAACCGGUAAUAUUAGAGCAGAUUACAAGGGGAAACAAGUUAAAGAAAAAUUAUAGAACCUGUACGUCUAGUCCAUUCGGUUUUCACCGACAUAGGUUUAAUCAGGAGCUUCCUUCAUGGAGGAGAGGUUCUGCGGUCGGCGGAUGUGCGCGGGGUUUUCGUUGUUCGGUUCCAAUCUUUUGCGAGGGGUUUUGGUACCGCGUUCAAAUGUGGUCCCUUGGGGUCGUUGUCGUGUAGCGGAAUGUCCCAUUCCUGGAGGAUCCUCUUUCCUUCUUCUGGGCUGAGGAUUGGUUUGUCCACGCCAUUCCGCUUGAUCAGUAGCUUCGUAGGGAAGCCCCAUUUGUAGGGUACAUUUGCUGCUCUUAGUGCUGCGGUGAUGGGCGCGAACGUGCGUCGUGCAAGCAUGGUUGUUGAUGAGAGGUCUGUGAAGAGCUUGAUGUCUGUGUAUGGUUCCGGCCAGCGGCCUGCCGUUCUGGCUGUUUGCAUGAUGCGGUCUUUGAUUAGGUAGUAGUGGACCCUCGUAAUGGUGUCCCUUGGCGUGUCAGGUGGUAGGUGCCUGGGUUUAGGGAGUCGGUGUGUCCUAUCUAGGAUUAACUCCGCAUCAGCCAGGGAGGGGAUAAGCAUUUUGAAUAAGUCCUGCACAUAUUGGGUUAAUCUUGUCUGUGUGACAGAUUCUGGGAUACCUCUUAUGCGGAUAUUGUUCCUCCUGCUUCUAUCCUCCUGGUCUGCUACCUUCCCUUCCAGUAUUUUGAGCUUCUGUAUUAGGGAUGCAUGUGCCUCUGCCAUGGAGUUGUGUGCAUCAAUCAAUUCCUCUGUGCGCUCUUCCAGGCGCGCUGUGCGUUCCCCAAUGCUGUUUAUGUCUGAUCUGAUGUCUGAUGCUAUUUUCUGCAAGUCUGCUUUAAAUGAGGAUUUAAGCUCCAGCAUGAUUGAUCUGAUGGAAGAGUUUGUGGCUGGGCUGUCUUGGCUAUGUCUGUGAUCCCCUGCUUCAGGGUCACAUGUUGGGGAGUUGGGCCUAUCGGCGCCAUCUUGUUCGCCAUGCUCUGUGCUGUGGUGCCUCUCCAGAUGAGCAUGCAUUGUUUUCUGCUUCAUUUUUCGUUGCGGUUUCGCCGCCAUUUAGUGAGAGGGUAAUUCCCCUUGAUGUUGCUGGCUUUAGCCGGCAGUUUGCUGCUUAAACCACGCUGUGUUAGCCGAGAUGUCGGAGGAGCUCCGGUCUCACACGUCCGCUCACAUCCGCGGUCAGGACACGCCCCCCCUAACCUAUUUUUUAUUGGUAAUACGGAUGUGUAAAUUCUCUGCCGAAUGGAAGCCAUACAAUAAGAGGGAGUAGGUUGAUAGAGCCCUAGACAACAUAAAACAUUCCAGUGAUAAUUUGGACUGUGUAAAUAAUUAAGUAGGAUAAAAACCAUUUCUAACUAAUAUAAUGACAAUAUACAGGCAGCAGACACAAUGUGAAUCUGGGGUAAAUGAAAUGAUAUCUUAUUGAUAAGACUAGGAUUGCAUUGAUUGCUGAUUAUCGUCUGUAUUCAUUCAGUCUGCAGGGGACAGCUAUUGGACCAUGUGGGGCUCAGUCACUCGCCGAAGCCCUGACUGUGAAUAAAGGAUUGAAGCUUCUCGAGUGAGUAUUGAUUGACGAGAUAACACAACGUUCAUACAUAUUCUAGGUAGUCAUCUUACUGUGUUACUAUAUUAUCCACAAAUUUUCAAAUAAAAAAACUAAAACUAAAUUUAGUCCGAAAUAGCCGAUAACGAACAAAUUCUCGAAUUCGGGUUUCAAGCCCCCCCAAUUCACUGUUUAGGUAAUAAACACAUUUUAUUAUUUACUAGUUCUUUACAUGACGAAUUGAUCCCCUAAAUUCACAUUUCAUAAAGAGGUGAACGUUAAUUCAUUAAACAGUGAACGGAAUCAUAAAGUGCAAAAAUUAGGCUGAAACAGACAAGCUGGAAAAGAGCUGAAAUGGAGAAUUUUUACUAAACCGCUAUUAUUAAGUGAAUCAAUCCUAAAUGGGUUCAUUAAAAAGUGAAUUGUUGUGAAUUGCAAACUAAAGGGCAAAUUUUAGAUUAAAACAGCCACGCUGUGACUUGAGAAAGGUUUUCAUAUCUGUUAGAAUUUAACUACGUUUAGCAAUUCACAACACAAGUGGUCGAGCUUUAUGUAUGUGGAGUGUUUUAUUUAGUGUUUUUUUUAUGCAUUUCCCAGCACUUUGUAAUUACAGUUUAAGUUACUCUCCACGAUAAUGUUAAGGGCUUUUAAAAUCUCUCUUUUGUUCUAAACCUGCUGUUUGAUCACAGCCCGUCAUGUGUAAGCAAUUAUAACAUAUCAGAAAGUAUCUAUGGGAUGCCAUGUUAUUAACUGACUGUUUAUUGUCUCUGCAGCCUACGAGGGAAUAACAUUGGCCUACGUGGAGCCAAAGCCUUAGCCGGAGCUUUAAGGGUUAACACCAGCCUGCAAACUCUCAAGUAAGUAGCUGCUGUUUAAAGGGAGAGAAUCGAAUCUAUAGAAUGAGAGUGUGGCUGAGAGCUUGCAAAGUGUUCCUCCUCAGGUGAGCCAUAAAUGAGGCAAACGGAUAAGACUUAAUAAAAACGCCACGUUGAGAGCCUAAUGCUCAUAGGAAACCAACAUAAUGUGUUUUUAUUAAUCUUUAACUCCUUUUCUCCAGAAUUGAUCGCCUUAGGCAAAACUAAUCAGAUUGCCAUAUUAAGGGAUCUACUGAUCACUGCAACACCGAUAGGUUUCCAUUGUCUGAUCCGCGUUCACCUACCUGCAUGUACAGGAAUCCCACCAGUAAAUUUAGUUGUGGCUUUAAUAAGGAAGAAUGCUAAAUGUCAAGCAAUCACCAUGGAAAUCAAUGGCAUGUCAUUUGCUCUAUUUUUAGAUCAUUGCACCGUGAUUAUUAUUACUGGUAUUUAAAUAAAGCUUUUUACAAUAUUACUGUUCUUUACUAAGAACCAUUAAUGUGUCUUACACCUGGGGAGAUCGUGCAUGGCCUUUGGUGGCAUGCAGCAAUAUCAGACAAUAUAUGUUGCCAAUCUCAACAAAACGGAUAGCAGAAUAUAUCACUAUUUAAUAAAGACCUUUUGGUUUGUGGUUCAAACGUUUUCCUUAAAAUAAUAUCCACCGUUCCUGGAAAUCUAAGUGAACAAAGUUGUAUACAUGACAUACAAGUCUUUUAAGAGCCCUGUGUGAGGAUUCAAUGUAGCCAUUCCCCAGCUGGUACCAAGUACAAUGAAUACUGGUUCACCCAGUGGAAAGCACAAGGUGUUGGAACCUAACAUUAUAUUCACCUGGUAACUUGCUGUCAAACAGAUACCUUCACCAUGUGAUCCGCAAAAUAUCAAACCACAUGGAUCAUCACUCAGUUAGUGAUGGGUUGUGAUUCACUCUAACAUUCGAGUUAAACAAGCAUUUGCAAGAAUGACUGUUACCCAUCUUAUUCUAGUUUUGUUAUUACCAUUGUCAGACCUUUUUUUUCAUGCUUCACUAGUCAAACGGUAAAAGGCUGGCUUAGCAGCUUCUUUAAUCUUUGAAAAUAAAUGUGUACAAUGAUCUUCUCUGCUCCCUUUUUUCCAGCCUGCAAGAAAACUCCAUAGGUCUGGAUGGUGCGAUAUGCCUGGCCAAUGCAGUGUCCGCAAACCGUUCUCUGACAUUAAUCAGGUGGGGGGAUCUACACACUGAGCUAAGUCUGUGCCUUUUAUGGAUCAGCAUGGGGGAGGGAGGAUGGAGAGGAGGUUUGGUUCUGUGAACGUGAGAUAUUGCCAUUUGGGCCAACUGGUUGCGUAUUCAAUUAAAUUAUCUUUUCAAAAAGAUGUUUCACAAGUAUUUCUACAAAGACACCCCCUUUUUUUCGUCUUGCAGCAUUUAAAACCUGACAAUUAAUGGUCUGUUUCCUUUAGUCUCCAGGGGAACCAUAUUGGUCAGUCAGGAGCUAAGGUGAUAUCAGAGACUAUUCGAAACGAAGCCCCUCACUGCAAAGUGGAAAUCUGACAUCACGUUUCCUGGUGGAUCCCCCUGCAUUGUACUCCGAUCACAGUGAAAGUGGGGGAGAACAGUGAAGAGUAGGAAGAACAUCCCAGAAUGCACUCUGUUGUAAGCGCAUGGCCUGCAAUAUCAGACAUGUAAAACAACAAAUAACAGAUUAAUCUUUCAUUAGGAACAAUGGACAGAUAAAUUAAACCUUUUUACAUUUGUUAAAAAAAAAAAUUAAAAAAAA